AUGUCGUUCGAGAUGGAGAGCGGCACUACAAACCAUGGCGACGAUGCCAACAAGGCUUCCAAUGUCGCCACGGAGAAGGCGGCAUCGUCCUCCAAUUCGAGUCCCGAUGCCUCGCAGGUCGCCGUCGACAGCGUCACCGAGAAGAAGAAACCGGGUGGUUUCAAGGACUACAUCCGCAUCUUCAGUUAUGCCAAUAAAAUGGACAACUUGGUAUUCCUCGCCGGUACCCUUGCUAGUAUAGGAUCCGGCGCGACUAUGCCUCUGUUGAUCAUCAUUCUCGGCAAGCUUGUCAACAGCUUCAAUAGCUACGGCGGGGACGCGUCGCAAGUCGCAAACGUGGAGGAAAUCCAACUGCAAACGCGGAAAGAGUUCAACGAUAGCUUGAACCAGCGGUGUCUGUACCUAUUCGCCCUGUUUAUCGCUCGUUUGGGGCUCAGUUACAUUAGCAAGUGGUCCUUUCGCUCGUUCGGACUUCGCAUCUCGGCAGCCAUCCGAUUGCACUAUAUGCGAUCUCUCUUCGGACAGACGAUUCACGUGCUCGAUUCUAUGCCAUCGGGUUCGGCGGCGAUUACCAUCACGACGACGUCCAACGUUCUCCAGCUCGGAAUCUCCGAGCAGCUUGGCAACUUUAUCGAAUCCAUCGCCACCAUCAUUGCCGCCAUCAUCAUUGCUUUCGUGUACAGCUGGUCGCUAACCCUCGUCACCAGCUCAGUGCUCGUUUUCAUCCUCUUCGUGGUCAUUAUUCUUUCGUCCUUCAUUAUCGUGAAACAGACGAGCCUCAAGGAUGCCGAGAACACUGCUAGCGCCGUCGCGUACGAGGCUUUCAGUGCCGUUCGCAUGAUCGUCUCGUGCGGAGCUGAAGCCCGGACCAGGAAGAAGCACGACGCGUGGAUUGAGAAGGCCCGGCAAGAUGGUUUGGCUGUCACCCCUCUCUUGGCCAUCCAGUACGGAUUAGUCUUCUUCUCCCUCAACGCGGCCUAUCCCUUGACUUUCUGGUUUGGCACCAAGUCGUAUGACGAGGGUCGGAUUGACAAUAUCGGCACCAUCAUCAUCGUCUUGAUGAGCGUCAUGUACAUGGUAACGGCCGUGUUGCCCAUCUCAGCCCCGCUGGAUACGAUUCUCAAGGCCACGGGAGCAGCAACCGAGUUCUUCGCUGUGAUCGACACACCGAAGCCGAAAACUGGUACUCUCCAGGAGCCGGAUGUGAAUCCUACUUCCGACAUCCUCUUCAAUGAUGUUCAUUUCGCGUACCCUGCCCGACCUUCCAAGAAAGUACUCGAUGGGUUGAAUCUUCGCAUCCAAGCCAAGAAGAAUACCGCCAUUGUCGGACCUAGUGGCGCUGGCAAGAGUACCAUUGUAGGGCUUAUCCAGGGAUGGUACACUCUCCAUGAUCACGGUAGCAUCUCGACAUGCGGGCAUGAGAUUGAAGAUAUCAACAUGAAGUGGUGGCGUUCGCAGAUAGGAUUGGUGCAACAGGAACCCUUCCUCUUCAACGAUACCAUCUACAAAAACAUCUCCUUUGGCUUGGUGGGUACCCAGUGGGAAAACGAAUCCGAGGAGAAGAAGCGCGAGCUCGUCAAGGUGGCUUGUAAAGAGAGUUUUGCCGACGAGUUCAUCGACCGACUCCCCGAUGGGUAUGACACGCAGGUCGGAGACUCCGGUAUCAAGCUUAGCGGUGGCCAGCGACAACGUCUCGCCAUUGCGCGUAGCAUCAUUUCGCAGCCCAAGAUUCUUAUCCUCGAUGAAGCCACGUCCGCCAUUGAUGUCCGCGGUGAACGAAUUGUGCAGGCAGCUUUGGAGAGAGCCUCCAAGGGUCGCACCACCAUCACCAUCGCCCAUAGAUUGUCCACCAUCAAGAACGCCGAUCACAUUGUUGUCCUUCAGCACGGGAAAUUAGCCGAGCAGGGAACUCACCAUGAACUUCUCAACAAUCCCGAGGGAGUCUACUACGGCUUGGUUAAUGCGCAGAAGCUCUCUGGGAGAAACAGCAAGAGCUUUUCUGAUAUUGACAACAUCCCGGUCGAGCCCGAGGUCAAGUGGAAGGAUAAGAAUCUGUUUACCGGCUUCGGAAGGCUGCUGUACGAGCAGAGGAGCCGCUUCCCGCUCUAUGCCAUCGCCCUGGUCUUCGCGGCCGGAGCGUCGGUGGCCGUUCCCCUCCAAGCCUACUUCUUCGCCCAUGUCAUCGCUGUCUUUGAGACGCCCCGCGAGCAGCUGCUCAGCGAUUCGGUGUUCUGGUCCAAGAUGUGGACCAUCCUUGCCGCGGGUGUCGGUUUCUCGUACUUUAUGAUUGUGGCUGUCGCUACGAACGUGGACGCCUUCAUCGCGACGGUAUACCGUCAAGAGUACUUUGGAUCCAUCUUGCAGCAAAAGAUUUCCUUUUUCGACCAGGAAGACAACUCUACUGGCCAGUUGACCGCCCGUGUCGCCACGGAUCCUGAUGCGCUGAAGCAGCUCCUCGGUAUCAACAUGUCCAUGCCGUUGAUUGGUAUCUUCUCCCUUAUCGGCGCGCUUGCCAUUUCGUUCUACUACGGCUGGAAGCUGGCGCUUGUCGCACUCUGCGUCAUCGUUCCGUUUGACGUGUUGGCGGGCUUCUACCGAAUCCGUUAUGAGAUGCAGCUCACGCACAUCAACGAAGCUGUUCUCUCGGAGAGUGCCAAGUUCAGUACCGAGGCGAUUAGCGCGUUCCGAACAGUCUCGUCUCUUGUGAUGGAAGAAAGCAUCUGUGACCGAUACGAGAAACUGUUGUAUUCGCACGUCAUGGCAGCAUACAAAAAGGUUCGAUGGACGUCGAUCGUUUUCGCUUUUUCGGACAGUGUCAACUUGGGUUGCCAGGCCCUCAUCUUGUGGUAUGGUGGCCGCCUGCUUUCUACGGGAGAGUACGGACCCAUCCCCUUCUUCAUCACGUACAUGGCCAUCAUCCAGGGUGCGGAAUCCGCUGGUCAGUGGCUCAGCUUUGGCGCAAAUGCCGCCCAGGCUUCCGAGGCGGCAAACCGCAUCCUCAGCGUCCGAGGCAGCCAAAGCAGGGACGACGUCACCACUCAAGAGUCUGUUCCUGACACGACUGGCGGUGUCAAGAUCCAGUUUGACAACGUGUUCUUCAAGUACCCCACACGUGAUUUGUUUGUGUUCAAGGGCCUGAACCUUACGGUCGAGAAGGGCCAAUACGCCGCGCUCGUCGGCGCAUCUGGCUCUGGCAAGACAUCCACAAACGUUCACGAAUACCGCAAACUCCUUUCCCUCGUGGCCCAGGAACCGUACCUGUUCUCCGGUUCUAUUCGCGAGAACAUCUUGUUGGGUGUCAACGAAGCGGAAAUUACCGACGAGCAGCUCCACCAAUGCUGCCGCGAUGCCAACAUUCACGAUUUCAUCGUCUCCCUUCCCGAUGGUUACGCCACCAAUGUCGGCAGCAAGGGCGUGAGCCUUAGCGGUGGACAAAAGCAGAGAAUUUCCAUUGCGCGCGCCCUCAUCCGGAACCCGCAGGUAUUGCUCCUCGAUGAAGCCACGAGCUCUUUGGACUCGGAGAGCGAGAAACUCGUGCAAGCAUCAUUUGAAAAGGCCUCCAAGAACCGGACGACGAUUGUCGUGGCACACCGACUGGCGACUAUCCAAAAUGCCGACAUUAUCUACGUGUUGGGUGGCGGAGAGGUGCUCGAGAAGGGUAGCCAUGCCGAGUUGCUCAGGCAAAAGGGUGCCUACUGGAGCAUGGCGUUCCCAAGCUAUCUACGCCAGGGGAAAGUGUGCCUCGCCGCGGCGGUGGCAAAGGGCUUCCAGAACGCCCUCGCGUAUGUUCCGAUGUCCCGAAUAUACUGUAGUAGCGUAUCAUUAGCCGUCAAGUCCGUACCGCAAAACAAGAUCCCUACAGGACUUGGUGAGUAUGAGUACGGCAUCUUUGCGUCAGGCAACAUCGACAAAGAUGGGGAGGUUGUUUACACGGAGGCAAUCCGGCAUUUUGGUUUAGACCCAGGUAAGAUUGAAGCUAUCCUCCCUUGCACUGCAUUUCAACGUGAUGUGAUGGAAUACGCGGAAAACAACAAGAGACGUGGCAUCGGCCACGUCGUCUACGACAUCCCGAAGCACGUCGACAUUGAACGAUUGGCCGCAGCUUGGAAGGAGGUUGCGCGCCAAACCCCGACGCUACGGACUUGCAUGUUUCGAUCGGAAUCCGGAGAUCAUUUUCAAAUAGUGCUGUCGGAGAGCUUCGCGUGGACACAUAUGCUCGGACUGGGCAUGAAAGAGGGGGUUAUUGAAGACGAGGCAGCCGCCGCGGCGACUGGAGCUCGGUGCAAUCGAUACGCGGUCCUCGAGGACCGUCGCACCGAGCAAAAACUGCUCAUCUGGACGUUUAGCCAUGCUCUGCUCGACAACACCUUCCAGGAGCGAAUCCUCCAAAAGGUUCUCGAGGCGUACAACGGAGAGGAAAUUCAGCGCUCUCCGGGGAUGGGAAGGCUCGCGGAUACGGUCUCCAGAGAUUCGGAAAGCGUGGUCGAGUUUUGGAAGAAGCACUUCGAUGACCUCAACGCCUCCGUAUUUCCUCCUAUCCCGUCCUACUUGGCUACUCCUCGUCCCACAGAGCGGGCAGAGCACCGCAUUUCUUAUCCCGCCGUCGUCCAGCAGAAAUGGACGCACGCGACCAUUUGCCGAGCGGCCCUCGCCCUGCUUCUUACUCGAUAUACGGACGCUACGGAAGCACUAUUUGGCGUCAUAACGGAGAAGACGCCUUUCUUCGAGGGACAGGAGAACCCGAUCGACGGCCCCACGCGAACCGUCGUUCCCACGCGCGUUUUCUGCAACCCCGACGAGUCCGGAUCGGACAUUAUGCAGGAGAUUGUCACCCACGAUACCACCAUUCACGAGUUUGCGCCGACUGGCCUUCACAGCAUCCGUCGCAGCGGAGAAAACGGAACCGCCGCAUGUGGAUUCCAGACCGUGCUCGUCGUGACUCCCGGUGGCGACGCUGCGCAAGCGUCGGACUCCCAGCUUCACCUACCUCUUACAGCACUGGACGAAUUUGUACCGUGCGCCGAUCGUGCUCUUUUGAUCAACUGCCAAAUGUCCGACAACUCCGCAUCGCUCCUCGCGCGAUACGACCCGGAAGUGAUUGACGCCCGUCAAAUGGCCCGCUUCCUAAGACAGCUCGGACUCUUGAUCAGCCAAUUCCAGACCCGCGCGGCCGACCUGCCCGUGCAGGAGCUAAAUUUCAUUACGCAAGAGGACCGAGCCGAGAUUGAAGCUUGGAAUUCGGGGCAGCUUCGGACAAAGGAGGUCUGUAUUCACGAUGUGAUUGCUCAACGGGCUGUCGAUACACCGCACAAAACCGCAGUCUUUGCCUGGGAUGGAGAAUGGACGUACGGCGAACUAGACAGCCUGUCUUCAAGACUUGCGAUCCAUAUCCAAUCCCUUGACUGCGGCCAAGGGCAGGCCAUACCGCUCUGCUUCGAGAAGUCGAAAUGGGUCAUCGCUGGAAUGCUGGCUGUGCUCAAGGCCGGCCGGGCUUUCACGCUGAUUGACCCAUCCACCCCGGCGGCCAGGAUCGCGCAAAUCUGCCAACAAACUUCCGCCACCGUCGCUCUCACUUCGCAAAUUCACCUUGACACCAUCCGCGCGACCGUGAGCCAAUGCGUCGUGGUCGAAGACGCGUUGUUCGAGUCGCUGUCGCGCGACGAGGGCCAGCUUUCCUAUACCGCGAAGCCGCACGAUCUAGCCUAUAUUCUCUUCACGUCUGGUAGCACGGGCGAGCCCAAGGGUGGUAUGAUGGAGCAUCGAGCAUUUGCGUCGUGCUCUCUCGAGUAUGGCCCCGCACUGGGAAUUAACCACCAUACUCGCUCUCUCCAAUUUGCCUCUUAUGCCUAUGCGGCGUGUUUGGUAGAAAUUCUUACGACAAUGAUGCAUGGCGGCUGCGUCUGCAUUCCUUCCGACGAGGAUCGCAUGAACAACAUCCCCGGUUUCAUGAACAGUGCAAACGUCAAUUGGGUGGCGACGACCCCUUCGUUCAUCGCGUCCAUGCAGCCAGAGACCCUCCGUGGGCUUCGAACCUUGAUCGCAGGCGGGGAGGCCAUCUCCGCAGAAAUCCGCAAGGCUUGGGCCGAUCGAGUUCAGCUUCUAUUCGCUUACGGCCAGAGUGAGAGCUCGGCCGUCUGUAGCGUUGUGCAGGUCCGAUCCGACACCAAGGGGGAUCUGAGGAACAUUGGCCACGCAGUAGGCGCCCAUGUCUGGCUCACUAACCCCAACGACCCCGACCAAUUGGUACCGAUCGGCUGCAUCGGCGAACUGGUGAUUGAAAGCCCGGGAAUUGCGCGUGGAUACAUCGAAGCCGGAUUCCGUCAACUUUACAGGACUGGCGAUCUCGGCUACUACCGAUCGGAUGGGACUAUUGUGUAUUUUGGUCGAAGAGAUUCGCAAGUCAAGAUCCGAGGCCAGCGCGUGGAGCUCGGCGAGGUGGAAUCGCAUUUGCGCCAACAAUUACCUAGCCACGUCCGGCCCGUCGUGGAAGCCGUCCGAUGGUCUGGAAGGGCUAGCAGUACAGCCCUGGUCGCGUUUCUGAUUGCACCCUUCACCAACGGACACAAGGCGUCCAACGGUGCACCGGCAGUGGAGGCCUACGUUUUGGACGAACAGAGUGCAGAGAACAUCAAGACGAAGCUGCGACAGGUUGUUCCCGAGUACUUCGUCCCGACGUACUAUAUUAACAUGGAGAAUAUUCCAACGACCACGACUGGGAAGACGGAUCGGAGAAAGCUUCGAGACAUCGGUACUAGGCUGCUGGACGAGGUAACUCAAAAGUCCCUCUCCCGGUCUGGGGCGGGGGUCGAUUCGUCCGUGAAUGACGAAAAUAAACUCAAGGAGCUGUGGUUCCGAAGUCUGAACCUCGAUCCUAAUUCUACGAGCGUGGCGGGCAAUUUCUUUGAGCUAGGCGGAGACUCCAUCACGGCGAUCAAGCUCGUAAACAUGGCUAGAAUGGCUGGCCUGACGCUAAGCAUCACCGAUAUCUUCCAAAACCCUACCGUUGCAGGGCUCUCGUUCGCCCAGGGUCGCCUAUGGUUCCUCGACCAGCUCAAUUUAGGCGGCUCGGCGUAUCUCGUACCUCUUGCUGCACGGCUGAGAGGGUCGCUGCAGAUUGAUGCUCUCUCUGCCGCCAUAUUUGCCCUGGAGCAGCGGCAUGAGACCCUGCGGACAACGUUCUUGGACAAGGACGGGAUCGGCCUGCAGGUCAUUCAUCCAAGCCGCCCGAAGCCGCUCAAGGUUAUUGAUCUUUCUGGUGAGGCUGAUGGAAGCUACGUUCAGCUGUUGAAACAAGAACAGACAACGCCCUUUGAUCUAUCAGCCGAACCGGGCUGGAGGGUGUCGUUGUUCCGCCUUGGCGAUGACGACCACGUCCUGUCCAUCGUAAUGCACCACAUCAUCUCUGACGGCUGGUCGAUUGACAUCCUACGCCAAGAGCUGGACCGCUUCUAUUCGGCGGCACUCCGUGGCUAUGACCCGCUAUCACAGGUGACCCCGCUGCCGAUCCAGUACCGCGACUUUGCCAUAUGGCAGAAGCAGGCCGAUCAGAUGGCGGAGCAUCAGCGGCAGCUUGAGUACUGGACCGAACAGCUAGCGGAUAGCUCUCCGGCGGAAAUUUUGAGCGACCGGCCACGACCAGCGAUGCUCUCUGGACGUGCCGGGACCGUCGAGUUCUCUAUCGAUGGCGCGGUGUACGAUGGCCUCCAGGCGUUUUGCCGCACCUACCAGACCACUUCCUUCGCUACCCUGCUCGCUGUUUUCCGCGCGACACACUAUAGGCUUACCGGGGCCGAAGAUGCCACCAUUGGUAGCCCGAUUGCCAACCGUAACCGUCCAGAGCUAGAGAGCAUGGUUGGUUUCUUCGUCAACACCCAGUGCAUGCGUAUCACCGUCGACCAAGACGACACAUUCGAGAGCUUGGUCAAGCAGGUCCGCUCGACUACUACGGAUGCCUUUGCCAACCAAGACGUUCCGUUUGAGCGGAUCGUGUCGGCGCUUCUGCCUGGGUCGAGAGACAUGUCUCGUAACCCACUUGUGCAACUCAUGUUUGCUCUCCACGCUCAGAAAGAUCUCGGAAAGAUCCAACUGGAGGGCCUGGAUGAAGAGCCUAUCUUGGGAAUGCUGUCUACGGGCUUCGACGUCGAAUUCCAUCUAUUCCAAGAGGUAGGAAAAUUGGCAGGCACUAUAUACUUUACGGAGGACCUUUUCGAAGCCUCUACUAUCCAAGGUUUUGUCACCCUCUUCCAGGAGAUCCUCCGUCGGUGCGUCGACGCCCCGCAAACGCCUAUCGCGGUUCUUCCGCUCACCGAGGGUGUCGACGACCUUCGCAAACUCGGCUUGCUCGAUGUCCAAAGGCCCAACUAUCCUCGAGACUCAAGCGUGAUAGAUGUGUUCCGUGACCAAGUGGAGGCUUGUCCGGACGCGACGGCUGUCGUCGACAAUUCUUCCCGGAUUACCUAUGCCGAGCUCGAUGAAAAGUCGGAUGAAGUUGCCCGCUGGCUUCAGAGUCGCCAUCUGCCUGCCGAAACACUCGUGGGAGUCCUCGCGCCGCGAUCUUGCGAAACAGUGGUGGCUUUCUUCGGCAUUCUCAAAGCAAACCUUGCCUACCUCCCGCUCGAUGUCAACGUUCCCACUGCCCGCAUCGAGACUAUUCUUUCUGCCAUUACGGGAGACAAGCUAGUCUUGCUUGGUACUGGAAUCCCAGCCCCAGACAUCCAAGUGCCUAAGGUCGAGCUGGUCCGGAUCGGCGAUACUAUGGGCCGUCAGAAAUUGUCCAACGGCACAACUAACGGUACUGCCGUGGGACCAUCGGCAACAAGCCUCGCAUAUGUCAUCUUCACAUCCGGCUCGACGGGAACGCCCAAGGGUGUCAUGAUCGAGCACCGCAACAUCGUGCGAUUGGUCAAAGAAAGCAACGUAACGGCCAAGAUGCCGCGGGGCGCUCCCGUCGCCCAUCUCUCCAACGUUGCUUUCGACGCUGCGACAUGGGAAAUCUAUGCGCCCAUCUUGAAUGGUGGCACGGUGGUCUGUAUCGACUACUUUACCUCGCUAGAUAGUCAGGCGUUGGAGGCAACGUUUCUACGGGAAAGCGUCCGCGCUGCCAUGCUCCCGCCUGCGCUUCUCAAAGAGUGUUUGGCCAAUAUCCCCUCCACCAUCCGAGCCUUGGAUGUGCUCUUCGUCGCUGGUGACCGCUUUGACCCUCGCGAUGCCAUCCAUGCCCGAGACCUUGUCGGUGACGGUGUAUACAACGCCUACGGUCCAACCGAAAAUGCCGUCCUGAGUACGAUUUACAAUAUCCAACAGGGCGAGGAGUCAUUUGGAAAUGGUGUUCCCGUUGGUCGCCCGGUCAGCAGCUCUGGAGCGUACAUUAUGGACCUGAAUCAACGACUGGUGCCUCCUGGCGUGAUGGGUGAGCUGGUGGUCACCGGAGACGGCCUGGCUCGAGGCUAUACCGACCACGCCUUGGACCGAGAUCGAUUCGUUCAGGUGACCAUCAAUGGCGAAUCCAUUCGGGCGUACCGAACGGGCGAUCGAGCCCGCUACCGACCAGGAGAUGGCUACAUCGAAUUCUUUGGUCGCAUGGAUCAGCAGAUCAAGAUUAGAGGCCACCGAGUCGAGCCGGCCGAGGUGGAGAACGCCAUGCUGAGGCAUGAGGCAGUGCGGAACGCAGCCGUCGUGAUCCGAGUUCAAGACGGCCAGGAGCCGGAAAUGGUUGGUUUCAUCGAGCCUCGCGACGGCCAUGUUCGACAGGAUCCGGUCACGAAUGGCACCACGAACCACCAGGUAAACGGUCACGCGAAAUCCGCUUUACGGUCUGAGAGUGAAGUCCGCAGCUGGCUACAGGCCGUGCUGCCGCUAUACAUGGUUCCCGAGCGCAUUCUGAUCCUUCAACGAUUGCCUCUCAAUGCAAACGGCAAGGUUGACAGGAGAGAGCUUGCUCGGAAGGCAAAGACCGUUCACAAGAGCACGCCGGACCCUGUCCGCGUGGCUCCGCGCAACGAUGUAGAAGCUGCGCUCUGCGACGAGUUCUCCAAUAUUCUUGGCGUUGACGUCGGCAUCACCGACAAUUUCUUUAACCUUGGCGGCCACUCCCUGAUGGCCACGAAGCUGGCUGCAAGGCUCAGUCGCCGCCUUGAUACACACAUCUCGGUUAAAGACGUCUUUGACCAACCCAUCAUCGAGGCUCUUGCCGCCACCAUCCGCCAGGGAUCCACCCCACAUAGCCCUAUUCCAGUAACGCAGUAUACGGGGCCUGUGGAGCAGUCCUUCGCCCAAGGGCGCCUUUGGUUCCUUGACCAGUUGAAUCUCGGUUCGUCAUGGUACCUCAUGCCGUUGGCUGCGCGAUUGAGAGGACCGCUGCAGGUGGACGCCCUUUCGACCGCCGUAUUCGCUCUCGAGCAGCGGCACGAGCCACUGAGGACAACGUUCUCGGAGAAGGAUGGCAUAGGGUUCCAGGUCGUUCACCCAAGCAAGCCGAAGCCUCUCAGAGUCAUUGAUGUCUCAGCUGAGGGAAGUGGAAGCUAUCUUGAUGCUCUCAAACGCGAACAGACUACCAAUUUCGAUCUGGCGACUGAGCCCGGUUGGAGGGUCUCGCUCCUGCGACUCGGAGAGAAUGACCACAUCCUCUCCAUCGUCAUGCACCACAUCAUUUCUGAUGGUUGGUCGAUCGACAUCUUGCGCCAAGAGCUGACACAGUUUUAUUCGUCGGCACUCCGAGGCCAAGACCCGCUAUCCAACAUCAGCUCACUGCCUAUCCAGUACAGAGACUUUGCUCUGUGGCAGAAGAAGGAAGCGCAGGCGGCCGAACACCAGAGACAGCUCGAGUAUUGGAAGACACAACUAGCAGAGAGCAGCCCAGCCAUGCUGCUAACUAAUCACCCACGGCCAUCUCUGUUAUCUGGCAAGGCUGGUAUCGUCCCCAUCACCAUCGACAAUGUGGCAUAUGAUCGACUCCAGGCGCUCACCGGUGUUGAAGAUGCCGCUAUUGGCACGCCGAUUGCCAACCGUAACCGACCAGAACUAGAGAACAUGGUCGGUUUCUUUGUCAACACCCAGUGCAUGCGCAUUACCGUCGACCGCGAUGACACGUUUGAGAGCCUGGUAAAGCAGGUCCGGUCGACCACGACCGCUGCUUUCGCCAACCAAGAUGUCCCAUUCGAGCGGAUCGUGUCGGCGCUGCUGCCUGGGUCAAGAGAUACCUCUCGCAAUCCCCUUGUGCAGCUCAUGUUUGCGCUCCACGCCCAGGAAGAUCUUGGAACGUUCCAGCUAGAGGGAGUAGCUGGAGAGUCUGUAGUGGGCACGAUAUCUACUCGCUUUGAUCUCGAAUUCCAUCUGUUCCAAGAAGCUGGGCGCUUGGUUGGCAGCAUUCUGUUCGCAGAAGACCUAUUCGAGGCCUCCACAAUUCAUGCUAUGGCCUCAAUCUUCCAGGAGAUCCUCCGCCGGUGCAUCGAGGUACCUCAAGUAUCCAUCUCAGCUCUUCCGCUCACAGACGGCGUCAAUCAUACAAUCACCUCGCUGGAGAUCGAGCGGACCAACUACCCUCGGGAUUCGAGCGUCGUAGAUGUCUUCCGUGACCAAGUGGCAGCUAGUCCCGAAGCAACAGCUGUCGUCGACAAUGCCUCCAGUCUAACAUAUGCCGAGCUGGACCGACAAUCAGACGAGGUUGCUAAGUGGCUUCGAAGCAGGCAUAUGCCAGCCGAGACGCUGGUAGCAGUUCUUGCGCCGCGGUCGUGCGAGACAGUGGUGGCUUUAAUCGGCAUUCUAAAGGCGAACCUUGCCUACCUUCCGCUGGAUGUCAACGUUCCCAGCGCGCGCAUUGGGGCGAUUCUAUCAGUGAUUGAAGAACACAAGCUGGUCUUGCUUGGUACUGGAACUCCGGCUCCGGAAAUCCAAGUCCCCAAUGUCGAGAUAGUCCGAAUCAGCGACACUAUGGGCCACCAGAAGCUGCCUAACGGCACAAGUGCCAGUACCGCCGUGGGACCGUCGGCAACGAGCCUCGCAUACGUCAUCUUCACCUCUGGUUCGACAGGCAAGCCUAAGGGAGUGAUGGUCGAGCACCGUGCUAUUCUUCGCCUGGUCAAGGAAAGCAAUCUGCUAUCAAACAAGGAAGCUGCCAUCCCCGUUGCUCACAUGGCGAAUCUGGCGUUCGACGCUACGACAUGGGAACUUUACGCACCCCUCUUGAAUGGUGGCACCGUGGUCUGUAUCGACUACAUGACCGUUCUAGAUCCGGCUGCUUUGGCAGCCACCUUUGCAACCCAAGGCAUCAAAGCAGCCUUCUUUUCCACCUCGCUGCUCAAGCAACAGCUCAGCGAAAUGCCUGCUGCUAUUGCUUGCUUGGAUCUGCUGUUUGCCGGUGGUGAGAUGAUGCGGCCAGAGGAUUCCUUCCAAGCCAGGGAGCUGGUCCAGGGCACUUUCUGCCAUGUCUACGGUCCAACCGAAAACACCACAUUCAGUACCAUGUACCGGAUGACCGAAGAAGAACAGUGUAUCAAUGGUGUUCCGAUUGGCCACGCAGUCAGCAACUCUGGCGCCUACAUUAUGGACCCGAACCAACAGCUCGUCCCGCCUGGCGUGAUGGGUGAGCUAGUCGUCACCGGUGAUGGUCUGGCCCGCGGCUACACCGAUCCGGUCUUGGACAGAGAUCGAUUCGUGCAGGUGACAAUCAAUGGCGAGUCUGUCCGAGCAUACCGAACCGGAGACAGGGCACGCUACCGCCCAGCAGAUGGUGAUAUCGAAAUUUUCGGCCGCAUGGACCAGCAAGUCAAGAUUAGGGGCCACCGAAUCGAGCCUGCCGAAGUAGAGCAUGCGAUACUUGCAGAUACUGCGGUUCGCGACACAGCCGUCAUCGUUCGGGCACAAGAGGGCCAGGAGGCGGAAAUGGUCGGAUUUGUCACCCUCCAACGGCGCAGCGACACCACCGAGGAACAGCAUGAGGUCACCAACCAGGUCGAGGGUUGGGCGGCACAUUUCGACACUAAUACUUAUGCUGAAAUCGAUACUAUUGACCAGUCAACUAUCGGUAACGACUUCAUGGGCUGGACGUCGAUGUAUGACGGGAUGCCUAUCGACAAAGCCGAGAUGCAAGAGUGGCUCGACGAUACGAUGCAUACACUUCUAGAUGGCCACGCGCCGCCCGGCCGCGUCUUUGAAAUCGGAACCGGUACUGGCAUGGUCAUGUUCAACCUUGCCAAAUCCGCUGGUCUUGAGAGCUAUAUCGGACUCGAACCAUCGCAUUCGGCCGCCGCUUUCGCUGCUAAUAAGGCUAACGCUACCCCAGCUUUGGCUGGCAAAGCUGAGGUACGCGUCGGCACCGCCACGGAUAUCAACCAGGUGGAGGGACUGUGCCCCGACCUGGUCGUGAUCAACUCCGUAGCCCAGUACUUCCCUUCGCCGGAAUACUUGAUGGAGGUGGUUGACACACUUACGCGGCUACCAGGCGUCAAGCGCAUCUUCUUCGGUGAUAUGCGGUCCUACGCCACAAACAGACACUUUCUCGCGGCUAGGGCUGUUCACGCGCUUGGUAAAGAUGUCACCAAAGAAGGUGUUCGACAGAAGAUGGCAGAGUUGGAGGACCGUGAGGAGGAGUUGCUUGUGGACCCGGUCUUCUUCACCAGCCUAGCGAGCCGCCUACCAGGCCGAGUCAAGCAUGUGGAAAUUAUUCCAAAGACCAUGAAGGCUACAAACGAGCUCAGCUCGUAUCGAUAUGCUGCUAUCAUCUACGUGGGCAGUGUACAACAAGACCUACCGCCUAUCCAUAAGAUCAGUAACGACUCCUGGAUCGACUUUACAGCAACUAGCAUGGAUCGCUCUAGCCUCCUACACCAUCUGCAGAGCUCAUCGGGCUCAUCGGGCGCCACGGCAGUGGCGAUUAGCAACAUCCCGUAUAGCAAAACGAUUCUCGAGCGGCAUGUCGUGGAGGCGCUUGACCAUGAUGAUAUCGACGAUAAUGCGCAAGACACACAAGAUGGGCUGGCCUGGCUCUCGUCUAUCCGCUCCCAGGCGAAUCAGUGCGCGUCCCUCUGCCCUGCUGACCUUGUGGAAUUGGCCGAGGCGGCAGGCUACACUGUACAUUUAAGCUGCGCGCGGCAGCGGUCCCAGCAUGGCGCCAUCGAUGCUGUCUUCCAUCAGUACCCUCGACAUGAAGGGGUGCGUGUCUUGCUACAGUUCCCUACCGAUAGCGAGAGUACACUCGUGCCUCAGACAAAUCGCCCGCUACAGCGACUACAGAGCCGCCGCGAUGAGGCGCAGAUUCGAGAGCGACUUCUAGCCCUACUCCCAUCGUACAUGGUGCCUGGCCAAAUCGUAGUGCUAGACCACAUGCCUUUGAACGCAAAUGGUAAGGUCGACAGGAAAGUCCUUAGCCGGAAGGCCCAGGUCGUGCGCCAAAUCGCACUUGACUCUGCGCGCGUGGCUCCCAGGAAUGACAUUGAGAUUGCUCUAUGCGAUGAGUUCUCCAAUCUACUUGGCGUUGACGUCGGCAUCACUGAUAACUUCUUCGACCUUGGUGGACAUUCCCUCAUGGCCACUAAGCUGGCUGCACGAAUCAGUCGUCGACUAGAUGUCCACAUCUCAGUCAAGGAUGUAUUCGACCAUCCUGUCAUCGAGGAUCUUGCUGCCACCCUCCAGCAAGGGUCCUCCCUACAUAAUCCCAUUCCUAGCACACAGUACGAGGGACCCGUCGAACAGUCGUUUGCGCAAGGGCGCCUUUGGUUCCUGGAUCAAAUGAACACUGGUUCCACUUGGUAUCUCAUGCCGCUGGCUACAAGGAUCCGCGGGGUUUUGCAAAUUGGCCCUCUCUCUGCCGCCAUAUUUGCCCUCGAACAACGACACGAGACUUUAAGGACGACAUUCUUAGAAAAGGAUGGCGUUGGCCUGCAAGUGGUUCACCCGGCCCAGCACAAGCCUCUCAAACUUAUCGAUCUAUCGGCCGAGGAGGAUGGAAGCUAUCUUACACUGUUGAAACAACAACAGACAACUCCAUUCGAUCUGUCCUCCGAGCCAGGCUGGAGAGUAUCGCUGAUAAAACUAGGAGAUGAAGACCAUAUUCUUUCCAUCGUCAUGCACCAUAUCAUCUCCGAUGGAUGGUCAAUCGACAUCCUACGCCAAGAGCUGGACCGUUUCUAUUCUUCGGCCCUCCAAGGCCAUGACCUGUCCCAGGUUGACUCGCUGUCGCAGGUGACCCCACUACAAAUCCAGUAUCGCGACUUCGCCAUCUGGCAGAAGCAGGCCGAUCAAAUCGCGGAGCACCAGCGGCAGCUCGAGUACUGGAUGGAACAGCUAGCGGACAGCUCUCCAGCAGAGAUCUUGAGCGACCGACCACGGCCAACCAUUCUGUCUGGGCGUGCUGGUACUAUCGAGUUCUCUAUCGAGGGUGCGGUAUACGAUGGCCUCCAGGCCUUCUGCCGUACGCACCAGACAACCCCCUUCGCCGCAUUACUCGCUGUGUUCCGCGCAACGCACUACCGACUAACAGGCGUCGACGAUGCUGCCAUUGGAACCCCGAUCGCCAACCGCAACCGGCCAGAGCUAGAGAACAUGGUUGGCUUCUUUGUGAACACGCAAUGUAUGCGCAUUGCGGUUGACCGCGAUGACACAUUCGAGAGCCUGGUCAAGCAGGUUCGGUCAACAACCGCGGCCGCUUUCGCCAACCAAGAUGUUCCAUUCGAGCGCAUCGUAUCGGCCCUCUUGCCUGGGUCGAGAGACAUGUCUCGCAAUCCACUCGUGCAGCUUAUGUUUGCGCUCCAUGCCCAGACAGACCUAGGAAAGAUCCAGCUAGCUGAGCUGACUGGAGAGCCUGUACUGGCAGCAGUUUCCACGCGCUUCGAUAUUGAAUUCCAUCUAUUCCAAGACACGGGCAAACUUGGCGGCCGCAUCUACUUCGCGGAAGACCUCUUCAAGACGUCCACCAUCCAAUCCAUGGUCACCAUCUUCCAGGAGAUACUCCGUCGUUGCGUCGAUGAGCCCAACGUACCUAUCGCGGCUCUUCGUCUCGUAGACGGUGUUGAAGACCUUCGCGAACUAGGCCUGUUGGACAUCAAGAAGACCGACUACCCUCGCGAAGCAAGCGUCGUCGAUGUUUUCCGCGCCCAGGUGGCUGCUUUCCCACAGUCGACGGCUAUUGUCGACGCUUCGUCGCGCCUGACAUACACUGAGCUAGACCAAAAGUCGGAUGAGGUCGCCCAAUGGCUUCGCAGCCGGAAUAUUCCAGCUGAGACGCUCGUGGCAGUUUUCGCGCCGCGAUCAUGCGAGACACUGGUAGCCUUCUUCGGUAUCCUCAAAGCGAACCUUGCUUAUCUACCGCUCGAUGUCAACGUUCCUACUGCUCGCAUCGAAGCCAUCCUGUCAGCUAUUCCAGGCAAGAAACUGAUUUUGCUUGGAGCCAACACAGCCGUUCCAAAUGUCCAAGUGUCCGAGGUAGAAGUGGUCCAGAUCAGUGAGACUACAGGCCACGUCGGUCCAUACGAUAACCUGCCCACCGCUGUCGAGCCAACGGCUACGAGCCUCGCCUAUGUCAUCUUUACAUCUGGUUCAACAGGGAAGCCCAAGGGCGUGAUGAUCGAGCAUCGUAACAUUGUACGAUUGGUCAAGGAAAGCAAUGUCACAUCUAAGAUUCCUCAAACCGCUGCUAUUGCGCAUCUUUCUAAUGUUGCUUUCGACGCUGCGACAUGGGAGAUAUAUGCGCCACUUCUCAACGGAGGCACGGUAGUUUGCAUCGACUACUUCACCUCACUGGACAGCAAGGCACUCGAGGCAACGUUUCUACGGGAAAACAUUCGUGCAGCUAUGCUCCCACCUGCCCUGUUGAAAGAGUGCUUGGCCAAUAUCCCUUCCACAAUCCGUGCUUUGGAUGUUCUCUUUGUUGCCGGCGACCGCUUUGACCCCCGCGAUGCAGUCUAUGCCCGAGCGCUUGUCGGCAGCGGUGUAUACAACGCCUAUGGUCCAACUGAGAACGCUGUCUUGAGUACCAUCUAUAAUCUUCCAGAGGGCGAGGACGAGUUAUUUGUCAAUGGUGUUCCGAUCGGCGAUGGUCUUGCCCGCGGCUAUACCGAUGCAGCCUUGAACCGAGAUCGGUUUGUGCAAGUGACCAUCCACGGCGAGGUUGUCCGAGCAUACCGAACCGGAGACCGAGUGCGUUAUCGACCGACAGAUGGCUACAUCGAGUUCUUUGGCCGCAUGGACCAGCAAGUCAAGAUCAGGGGCCACCGCAUCGAGCCAGCCGAGGUGGAGCAUGCCAUGCUGAGGCAUGAGGCAGUCCGGGACGCAGCUAUAGUCGUCCGAUCCCAAGAUGGACAGGAUCCGGAAAUGGUCGGCUUUGUCGUCGCCCACGACCACAGCAGCACUAUCGACGAACAGCGCGAGGUCACGAAUCAGGUAGAAGGGUGGGCGGCCCAUUUCGACACUAGUACAUAUGCUGAUAUCAGUACCAUCGACCACUCUGCCAUCGGAAACGACUUUAUGGGCUGGACAUCUAUGUAUGACGGGGCCCCUAUUGACCAGGCGGAAAUGCAAGAGUGGCUUGACGACACAAUGAAGACACUGCUUGAUGGCCGCCCGGCUGGCCGCGUGUUCGAGAUAGGAACCGGCACUGGCAUGGUGAUGUUCAAUCUGGCCAGAUCCACUGGUCUUGAGAGCUACAUCGGUCUCGAACCUUCACAGGCGGCAGCUGACUUCGCCACCAAGAAGGCUAAGGCUAUCCCAGCCCUGGCUGGGAAAGCUGAAGUCCUGGUCGGCACAGCCACAGACAUCGACAAAGUACAGGGACUCCAUCAACCGGAUUUGGUGGUCAUCAACUCUGUAGCUCAGUACUUCCCUACACCGGAAUACUUGACAGAGGUCGUUGAGACGCUCACCCGUCUACCAGAUAUCACCAAGGAUGGUGUGCGACAGAAGAUGACAGAGCUCGAAGAGCGCGAAGAAGAGCUACUGGUGGACCCGGCAUUCUUCACCAGCCUAGCGACUCGGCUACCGAAUGUUAAGCAUGUGGAGAUUAUUCCAAAGAGUAUGAAAGCCACCAACGAGCUUAGCUCGUAUCGAUAUGCUGCGGUCAUCUAUGUCGGUGCUCAAGCAGAAGAUAUGCAGCCGAUCUAUAGGAUCAAUAGUGAUUCUUGGAUCGACUUCACAAGCACCGGCAUGGAUCGCCAGAGCCUUCUCCAACUCCUGCGAAGCCGACCAAGCGCCGCCACGACAGUGGCUAUUAGCAACAUUCCAUACAGCAAGACGAUUCUGGAGCGGCAUGUUGUGGAGUCACUUGACCAUGACGAUAGUGACGACAACAAACAAGGCUCACAAGACGGCCUAGCUUGGCUAUCGGCUAUCCGCUCCAAGGCGACUCAAUGUUCAUCCCUUUGCGCUGCAGAUCUCGUAGAGCUCGCGGAAGAGGCUGGCUUCACCGUCGAGGUGAGCUGGGCCCGGCAAAGUCCCAACACGGCGCUGUCGACGCCGUCUUCCACCAUUAUCCUCCUCACCACGCAGGAGCACAGCCGUCGCGUCGAGACACUGAUCCGAGAGCGUCUACAGGGUCUGCUGCCGUCAUACAUGGUUCCAGGACAAAUCAUCGUGCUCGACCAGAUGCCUCUGAACGCCAAUGGCAAGGUCGACAGGAAAGCGCUAAGCAACAAGGCCAAGCUAGUCCGGAAGAUUGCGCUAGACUCUACACAUGUGGCUCCGCGCAACGAUAUCGAAGUUGCCCUGUGUGAUGAGUUCUCUAGCCUGCUUGGCGUGGAUGUCGGCAUCACUGACAACUUCUUUGAUCUUGGCGGUCACUCUCUCAUGGCGACCAAGCUAGCAGCCAGACUCAGCCGGCGACUGGAUGUACACAUUUCGGUGAAAGAUGUCUUCGACCAUCCUAUCAUCGAGGAUCUUGCUACCACCAUCCGCCAAGGAUCCUCCCCACAUAGCCCUAUCCCUGUAACACAGUAUCAGGGACCUAUCGAGCAGUCAUUCGCUCAAGGACGCCUUUGGUUCCUCGAUCAGCUCAACCUCAAUGCCUCAUGGUAUCUCAUGCCAAUCGCCACGCGUAUUCGCGGACCAUUACAAGUCGAUGCGCUUUCUGCCGCAUUGUUCGCUCUGGAGCGGCGCCAUGAGACGCUGAGGACCACAUUCUUGGAGAAGGAUGGUGUAGGGUUACAGGUCAUCCACCCAAGCCAGCCAACAGCCCUCAGAGUCAUUGAUGUGUCAAGUGAAGGCGACAGCUAUCUUGAACGCCUUAAGGAAGAACAGACAACCCUCUUCGACCUGUCAUCCCACCCAGGUUGGAGAGUGGCCAUGUUCCGCCUCGGCGAUGAGGACCACAUCCUCUCUAUCGUGAUGCACCACAUCAUAUCUGAUGGUUGGUCGAUCGACGUUUUACAGCAAGAACUCGACCGUUUCUAUUCUGCUGCACUCCGAGGCCAAGACCCACUGGCACAGGUGAGCCCGCUGCCGAUCCAGUAUCGCGACUUUGCCGUAUGGCAGAAGCAGGCCAAUCAAAUCGCGGAGCACCAGCGACAGCUAGAAUACUGGACGGAGCAGCUUGCAGACAGUUCUCCAGCGGAGAUCUUGAGCGACCGGCCACGACCACCUAUCCUCUCUGGUAGUGCAGGCGCUGUGCACCUUGCUAUCGAGGGUAGAGUCUACGAUAGUCUUCAGUCGUUCUGCCGUGUACACCAAACCACAUCCUUCGCCACGCUCCUGGCCAUUUUCCGGGCCACGCACUACAGGCUCACCGGUGUCGAGGAUGCCACCAUCGGCGCACCUAUAGCCAAUCGUAACCGGCCAGAGCUAGAGCACAUGGUUGGUUUCUUUGUCAACACCCAAUGUCUACGCAUCACAGUAGAGCCAGAAGAUACCUUCCAAACGCUUGUUCAACAGGUCCGGUCCACUACAACCACCGCGUUCGCAAACCAAGAUGUUCCAUUCGAGCGCAUCGUCUCAACACUUCUGCCUGGCUCGAGGGAUGCAUCUCGAAACCCACUUGUACAGCUGAUGUUUGCGCUGCACUCGCAACAGGAUCUAGGUAAGAUCCGGCUGGAAGGCCUCGUAGGUGAGCCUGUACCAGGCACCGCAUCGACUCGCUUCGACCUCGAGUUUCACCUUUACCAAGAGGCAGGAAGGCUGGCUGGAACCAUUCUGUUUGCAGAGGACCUGUUUGAGACUUCCACCAUCCAAGCCAUGGUUAGCAUCUUCCAGGAAGUGCUUCGUCAGUGCCUCGACGCACCUCAAGUCCCUAUAUCGGGUCUUGUCCUUACAGAUGGCGUCGACAACCUUGGCGCAAUGGACUUGUUGGACAUCCAGAGGACCAACUACCCUCGAGAUUCCAGCGUUAUCGAUGUAUUCCGCGCCCAGGCGGCCGCUUCUCCGGAUGCAACAGCUGUCAUCGACAGUUCCUCCACCUCCAGCCUGACAUACGCUGAGUUGGACCGAAAGUCUGACGAGGUCGCUAGCUGGCUUCGAAGCCGUCGACUUCCAGCUGAGUCGCUGGUAGGAGUACUUGCACCGCGGUCUUGCGAGACAGUAGUUGCGUUCUUUGGCAUUCUAAAGGCGAACCUUGCCUACCUUCCGCUUGACAUCAACGUUCCUACUGCUCGCAUUGAAGCUAUCCUGUCUGCUGUUACUGGAGACAAACUUAUCUUAUGUGGUAGCGGAAUAUCGCUCCCAGAUAUUCAAGAUCCCAAGGUAGAGUUCGUUCGGAUCGGCGACACCCUGGGCCAGGCCGAUGCUGUCAGCGGUGAUGUCGGACCAUCGGCGACAAGUCUCGCAUAUGUCAUCUUCACAUCCGGUUCGACAGGAAAACCCAAGGGUGUCAUGGUCGAGCAUCGCGCUAUUCUACGCUUGGUUAAGGAAAGCAAUCUAGUGUCUAAUGCGGAUUCUGCUGUCUGCGUUGCUCACAUGGCGAACCUGGCGUUCGAUGCUACCACAUGGGAGCUCUAUGCUCCCCUACUGAACGGCGGGACGGUGGUCUGCAUCGAUUACAUGACUGUCCUGGACCCCAGUGCCUUGGCCGCCAUCUUCUCAAGCCAUAGCAUCAAAGCAGCUUUCUUUUCCACCUCACUUCUCAAGCAACAGCUAAGCGAAGCUCCCGCCGCCAUCGCCACCUUGGAUCUACUAUUUGCCGGAGGUGAGAGGAUGCGACCAGAGGAUUCUUUCCAAGCCAGGGAACUGGUACAAGGUGCAUUCUGUCACGUGUACGGCCCGACAGAAAACACCACGUUCAGUACUGUGUAUAGGAUGGGUGAAGACGAGCAGUGCAUCAACGGUGUUCCGAUCGGUCGCGCAGUCAGCAACUCUGGUGCCUACAUCAUGGACCCGAACCAGCAGAUUGUGCCACCUGGCGUGAUGGGUGAGCUUGUCGUCACCGGAGACGGUCUCGCUCGAGGAUAUACCGAUGCAGCAUUAGACCAGGGUCGAUUCGUCCAUGUGACUAUCAAUAGUGGCGAGCCUGUUCGGGCUUACCGGACUGGAGAUCGCGCACGCUACCGACCAACAGACGGCUACCUAGAGUUCUUUGGACGAAUGGACCAGCAAAUCAAGAUCCGCGGCCACCGAAUCGAGCCAGCCGAGGUAGAGCAUGCCAUCCUUACGGAUACCGCUGUUCGCGAUGCCGUUGUCAUUGUCCGGGUACAAGAAGGUCGGGAGCUAGAGAUGGUCAGCUUUGUCACAGUCGAAGGCCAGAACAAUACUGCCGGCGACCAACAAGAGGUGACCAGCCAGGUCGAAGGCUGGGCGGCACAUUUCGACAUGAAUACAUAUGCUGACAUUGACACCAUCGACCACUCCGCCAUCGGUAACGACUUCAUGGGCUGGACUUCCAUGUAUGAUGGAAAACCCAUCGCCAAGGUUGAGAUGCAAGAAUGGCUCGACGACACGAUGCAGACACUUAUAGAUGGCCGCCCGCCAGGUCAUGUAUUCGAGAUAGGCACUGGUACUGGUAUGAUCAUGUUCAAUCUCAGCAACUACGCUGGCCUUGAGAGCUAUAUUGGGCUCGAGCCGUCACAGUCAGCGGCUGCUUUCGCUACCAACAAGGCCAAGUCCAUCCCGGCCCUCGCUGGUAGGUCUGACGUACAGGUUGGUACAGCCACAGACAUAGACCAGGUUCAGGGGCUUUCUCCAGACCUGGUGGUCAUCAACUCUGUGGCCCAGUACUUCCCUACGCCAGAAUACCUGAUGGAAACGGUGGUUGCGCUCACACGCUUGCCGGGUGUGAAACGCCUAUUCUUCGGCGACAUGAGGUCCUACGCUACCAAUCGACACUUCCUCGCAGCCCGAGCUGUCCACACCCUAGGGACGGAUAUCAGCAAGGAAGGUGUGAGGCAGAAGAUGGCAGAGCUAGAAGAGCGUGAGGAAGAACUUCUUGUAGACCCGGCCUUCUUCACCAGCCUCACAAGCCGGCUGCCAGGUCAAGUCAAGCACGUGGAAAUCCUUCCGAAGAAGAUGAGAGCGACGAACGAACUCAGCUCGUACCGGUAUGCUGCUGUCGUCUACCUGCACACGCCGCCAGAGGAAGAGGAACAGAUUAUUCACACGAUUGAUGACGACUGCUGGGUUGACUUUACCCGGACCGGAAUGGAUCGCUCUAGCCUUCUCCGCCUCUUACAGAGCUCGGCGGACACGACCACCACGACCACCACCACCACGCCAGUGGCUAUCAGCAACAUCCCAUACAGCAAAACGAUUCUAGAGCGACAUGUCGUGGAGUCGCUUGACCACGAGGAUAUCGACAACGAACAGGACUCUCAGGACGGGUUAGCUUGGCUCUCGUCUAUCCGCUCUAACGCGAACCAAUGUCCAUCCCUCAGUGCUGCUGACCUUGUCGAGCUGGCCGAAGCGGCAGGCUUUACCGUAGAGUUGAGCUGGGCGCGACAGCGAUCCCAACAUGGUGCCAUCGAUGCUGUCUUCCAUCAUUAUCCGACACAACACAAGGGAGCGCGUGUUUUGAUUAAAUUCCCAACCGACGGUGAGGGUUCACUAGCACUGGUGCCCCUGACAAAUAGGCCAUUGCAGCGCCUACAGAGCCGUCGCGUUGAGACACAGAUCCGCGACCGGCUACAAGCAGUUCUACCGUCAUACAUGAUCCCAGGACAGAUCGUCGUGCUCGACCACAUGCCUCUGAACGCAAACGGCAAGGUCGACAGGAAGGCCCUCACACGUAAGGCCCAGAUCGUUCGCAAGAUCACACCUGAUUCUGCCCGUGUCGCGCCCCGUAAUACCAUCGAGGCUACGCUCUGUGACGAGUUUUCUGAUCUGCUUGGUGUGGAUGUCGGCAUCACUGAUAAUUUCUUCGACCUUGGCGGCCACUCUCUCAUGGCAACCAAGCUGGCAGCCCGACUGAGUCGUCGACUAGAUAUCCGUAUCUCGGUCAAAGAGGUAUUUGAUCACCCUGUGAUCGAGGACCUUGCUGCCACGAUCCGCCAGGGAUCGACCCCACACAACCCCAUCCCGGUCACCGACUAUAAGGGACCUGUCGAGCAAUCUUUCGCCCAAGGCCGCCUAUGGUUCCUGGACCAACUUAAUAUCGGUUCCUCAUGGUACCUCAUGCCGCUGGCUACACGGAUGCGCGGACCGAUGCAAAUCGAUGCUCUUUCUGCCGCUGUAUUUGCCCUUGAGCAGCGGCACGAAACCCUACGGACAACGUUCCUGGAGGAGGACGGUGUCGGGCUACAGGUCAUCCAUCCAAGUCGCCCGAAUUCUUUGAGGGUCAUCGAUAUCUCAUCUGAUACGGAUAAGAAUUAUGUCGAGAUCUUGAAACAGGAACAGACGGCACCUUUUGACCUUUCAUCUGAGCCAGGGUGGCGAGUGUCACUGAUACGUCUGAAUCAUGAUGACCACAUCCUCUCCAUUGUCAUGCAUCACAUCAUCUCCGACGGUUGGUCCAUCGAUAUCCUGCGACAAGAAUUAGACCAACUCUACGAAGCUGCAUACCGCGACUUUGCCCUGUGGCAGAAGAAACCUGAGCAGGUAGCGGAGCACCAUCGGCAGCUCGAAUAUUGGACCACGCAGCUAGCAGAUAGCUCUGCAGCGGAGAUCCUGAGCGACCGACCACGACCAACUAUCCUCUCUGGGCGUGCAGGCGCUAUUCAGCUUGAGAUCGAGGGUGGAGUGUAUGAUCGCCUUCAAUCAUUCUGCCGUACGCACCAAACCACAUCCUUCGCAGCGCUGAUGACAAUUUUCCGGGCGACGCACUACCGCCUUACCGGCGUGGAGGAUGCCACUAUUGGCGCACCGAUCGCCAACCGUAACCGACCAGAGCUGGAAGAUAUGAUCGGCUUCUUCGUCAACACCCAGUGUAUCCGCAUCACUGUAGAGGCCGAUGACACUUUCGAAAGCCUGGUCACACAGGUGCGGUCAACUACGACAGCCGCCUUCGCCCACCAAGAUGUUCCGUUUGAGCGUGUUGUAUCGGCACUUACCCCUGGAUCCAGGGAUACCUCCAGAAAUCCACUUGCGCAGCUCAUGUUCGCCCUCCACUCACAGCAAGAUCUAGGAAAAUUCCAGCUCAAGGGCCUUACCAUGGUGAAUACCUUCCAGGAGAUUCUUCGCCGGUGCGUUGAGGCACCUCAAGUACCAAUCUCAGCUCUGCCUCUUACCGAUGGCGUCAAUGCCCUUCGCACGAUGAACUUGCUGGACAUCCAGAGGACCGACUAUCCUCGGGAUGACAGCCUAGUAGAUGUCUUCCGCCGCCAAGUGGUGGCUUGCCCAGACGCAACAGCCGUCGUCGACACGUCCUGCCGUUUGACAUACGCCCAGCUAGAUCGAAAGUCGGAUGCCAUUGCUAGCUGGCUUCGCAACCGCGAUAUGCCAGCUGAGACACUCGUGGCAGUUCUUGCGCCGCGGUCAUGUGAAACGGUAGCAGCGCUCUUCGGCAUUCUGAAGGCGAAUCUCGCCUACCUUCCCCUCGAUGUCAACGUCCCUACUGCGCGCCUCGAAGCCAUCUUGUCCACCAUUGCCAAGGAUACACUCAUCUUGCUCGGUACCGAAACAUCGGCUCCUGAAAUCCAAGGCCCUGAAGUGGAGCUGGUGCGGAUCGGCGACAUCAUGAACAACCCCGAUGCAGAUGCAUAUGCUGCUCCGGGUGAAGAUGUUGGACCGUCGGCCACCAGCCUUGCCUAUGUCAUCUUUACUUCGGGAUCGACCGGCAAGCCUAAGGGUGUCAUGGUCGAGCACCGUGCUAUUCUACGAUUGGUGAAGGACAGCAAUGUGGUAUCCAAGGUGUCUCGCGGAGUUUCGACAUCGCACCUCACGAACCUUGCCUUCGAUGUCGCCAUGUGGGAAAUUUACGCAUCACUGCUGAAUGGCGGAACUCUUAUCUGCGUCGACUACUUCACUGUCCUGGAUAGCCAGGCUCUUGAGGCCUUGUUCCUUCAAGAAAAGGUCCGCGCCGCCAUCUUCCCGCCUGCCCUUCUCAAACAGUGCCUGGCCAACAUCCCUUCAACGAUCCAGGCUCUAGAUGUCCUGUUCGUCGCAGGUGAUCGGUUCGAUCCUCGAGAUGCCAUCCACGCGCAAGGUCUUGUUGGUGCCGGUGGUGUUUACAACGCCUAUGGCCCAACUGAGAAUGGUAUCUUGAGUACGAUCUAUAAUCUCGACCACGCCGAUUCCUUUGUCAAUGGUGUGCCUAUUGGCCAGGCCGUCAGCAACUCCGGAGCUUAUAUUCUGGACCUGCACCAGCAGCUAGUGCCACCUGGCGUAAUGGGUGAGCUAGUCGUCACUGGGGAUGGUCUGGCUCGAGGCUACACCGACGCCAGCCUAGACAAAGAUCGAUUCAUCUCCGUGACUAUCAAUGGCCAGCGCAUCAGGGCGUACCGAACGGGAGAUCGGGCGCGUCAUCGACCGACAGACGGCUACAUUGAGUUCUUCGGCCGUAUGGACCAGCAGAUCAAGAUUAGAGGUCACCGCAUCGAGCCUGCCGAGGUAGAGCAUACGAUACUCACAGAUGAUGUGGUUCGUGAUGCAGCUAUCAUCGUCCGACAGACAAAUGCUGCUGAUGAUAACCAAGAGGUGACCAGCCAGGUCGAAGGCUGGGCGGCGCAUUUCGACACUAAUACAUACGCCGAUAUCAGCACCAUUGACGAAUCUGCUAUCGGUAAUGACUUCAUGGGUUGGACUUCCAUGUACGACGGACAACCUAUCGACAAGCUUGAGAUGCAAGAAUGGCUGGAUGACACGAUGCAGACACUCCUAGAUGGCCGUGCGCCUGGCCAUGUGUUUGAGAUCGGAACCGGUACCGGCAUGAUCAUGUUCAACCUUGUUAACGGGCUUGAAAGCUAUAUAGGUCUUGAGCCGUCGCAGUCCGCAGCUUCCUUUGCUACAAAUGCGGCCAAGGCCAUCCCAGCCCUCGCUGGGAAGGCCGAGGUACAGGUUGGGACAGCCACUGAUAUCAAGCAACUACAAGGGCUCCGUCCAGAUUUGGUGAUCAUCAACUCCGUAGUCCAGUAUUUCCCUACACCGGAAUACUUGACAGAGGUAGUUGACACGCUUACACGGCUGCCAGGCGUCAAGCGCAUCUUCUUCGGCGACAUCCGGUCAUAUGCUACUAAUAAACACUUCCUCGCAGCCAGGGCCAUCCACACACUUGAUAAAGACGUCAGCAAACAAGGUGUGCGGCAAAAGAUUGCAGAGCUGGAAGAGCGCGAAGAAGAGUUACUUGUCGACCCCGUAUUCUUCACCAGCCUGGCGAACCGUCUUUCAAGUCGAGUCAAGCAUGUGGAGAUUCUUCCAAAGUUGAUGACAGCUACAAACGAGCUGAGCGCAUACCGAUAUUCUGCCGUCAUCUACGUGGCCAACCCAGAGGAAGAUCUUCAGCCCGUAUACACGAUCGACAAUAGCUCCUGGAUUGACUUUACCCGGACCGGCAUGGAUCGCGCCAGCCUUCUCGAACUUCUACGGCGCGCGCCAAACGGAGCCCCGGUAGCUGUGGGCAAUAUUCCAUACAGCAAGUCCAUCGUUGAGCGUCAUGUUGUGGAGUCGCUUGACCACGAUGACAUCAACGAUGAUGGGCAAGCGCAAGAUGGCCUACCUUGGCUCUCGUCCAUUCGCGCCAAGGCGGCUCAAUGUUCGUCCUUCUGCGCUGCUGACCUCGUGGAAUUGGCCAAAGAGGCUGGCUUUAGCGUGCAGACUAGCUGGGCGCGGCAACGUUCCCAGCAUGGCGCCGUCGAUGCCGUCUUCCACCAUUAUCCGGCGCCACACGAUGGAUCCCGCGUCUUGCUACAGUUUCCGGCCGAUGGACAGAUCGUCAUCCUUGACCAUAUGCCUCUCAAUGCCAACGGCAAGGUUGACAGGAAAGCGCUAAGCCGGAAGGCCCACAUUGUCCGCAAGGUUACCCUUGGCUCUACUCGCGUGGCACCCCGGAAUGAUAUUGAGACCGCUCUAUGCGACGAGUUCUCCAAUCUUCUUGGUGUGGAUGUCGGUAUCACUGACAACUUCUUCGACCUUGGUGGACACUCUCUCAUGGCGACCAAACUUGCGGCCAGGCUCAGCCGUAUCUUGGAUAUUCGUAUCUCGGUCAAGGACGUGUUUGACCAUCCCGUCAUCGAGGACCUUGCUGCCACGAUCCGCCAAGGCUCGACCCCACACAAUCCAAUCCCCGUCACAGCAAACAAUGGCCCUGUCGAACAAUCCUUCGCCCAAGGUCGCUUAUGGUUCCUGGACCAGCUUAACCUUGGCGCAUCAUCCUACCUCAUGCCUUUGGCAGUACGCGUACGCGGGCCACUGCAACUUGAUGCUCUUUCUACCGCCAUCUUCGCUUUGGAGCAGCGGCACGAAACAUUGAGGACCACCUUCUUGGAGAAAGAUGGCAUAGGACUACAGGUCAUCCACCCAAGCCAGCUCAGGCCGCUCAAGAGUGACCUAUUACGCAUCCGAGAUGACGACCAUAUUCUCUCCAUCGUAAUGCACCACAUCAUAUCUGAUGGCUGGUCGAUCGACAUCCUACGCCAGGAGCUAGACCGCUUCUAUUCCGCAGCAAUCCGAGGUCAAGAUCCGCUGUCGCAAGUCAGCCCGCUCCCUAUACAGUAUCGCGACUUCUCCUUGUGGCAAAAGCAAGACGCGCAGGCGGUCGAGCACCAGCGACAGCUCGAGUAUUGGAAACAGCAAUUGGCAGAGAGCAUCCCAGCGGGUCUUCUGACCGACUUUACACGCCCAGCCCUAUUGUCCGGAAAGGCUGGUGUUGUCCAAAUCAAGAUUGACAAUGUUGUGCAUGAUCGGCUGCAGGCAUUCUGCCGCACAUAUCAGAUAACUGCCUUUGCCGCAUUGCUCGCAGCAUUCCGCGCAACACACUACCGCCUGACCGGGGCGGAAGAUGCUACUAUCGGCACGCCAAUUGCCAACAGGAAUAGGCCAGAGCUCGAGGAUAUGAUCGGCUUCUUUGUCAACACCCAGUGCAUGCGCAUCACUGUAGGGUCCGAUGACACAUUCGAAAGCCUUGUCACACAGGUGCGCUCGACGACGACAGCAGCAUAUGAACAUCAAGAUGUUCCAUUCGAGCGCAUCGUAUCGGCACUUGUGCCUGGAUCAAGAGACACUUCUCGCAACCCGCUUGUCCAAAUCAUGUUUGCCCUACACUCGCAGCAAGAUCUUGGCAAGAUCCAGCUAGAGGGCCUUGUCGGAGAACCAGUACCAGGCAUAGCAUCUACUCGAUUCGAUCUCGAAUUCCACCUGUUCCAGGAGGCAGGACAGCUAGGUGGCAGCGUUCUGUUCGCAGAGGACCUAUUUGAGGCUUCCACCAUCCACACUAUGGUCAAUACCUUCCAGGAGAUCCUCCGUCAGUGUGUUGACACACCUCAAAUACCCAUCUCAGUUCUCCCACUUGUAGAUGGUCUCGACAACCUCCACGCUAUGGGCUUACUAGACAUCGAGAGGACGGACUAUCCUCGAGAUUCAACCCUAGUAGAUGUGUUCCGUGACCAGGCGGCCAAGUGCCCAGAGGCAACGGCUGUCGUCGACGCUUCCUCUUCUUUGACAUAUGCUGAGCUAGAUCGACAGUCCGACGAGGUCGCUAGCUGGCUGCGGAAGCGUCAGAUGCCCGCCGAGACGAUCGUUGGAGUGUUUGCGCCCCGAUCGCGCGAGACAGUGGUGGCGUUCUUUGGCAUUCUGAAAGCGGGCCUUGCCUACCUUCCGCUCGAUAUCAAGGUUCCUGCUGCUCGCCUCGAGGCUAUUCUGUCCACUAUUACGGAUAAGACACUGAUCCUACUUGGUGGUGACACACCGGCUCCGGAGCUCCAAGGCUCUAACGUGGAGCUCGUUCGAAUCAGCGACACCAUGGGCCACCAUGAUGCAUAUGAUGUCAACGGCGUUGUCGGACCGUCGCCGACAAGCCUUGCAUAUGUCAUCUACACGUCCGGAUCCACAGGAAAGCCCAAGGGUGUCAUGGUUGAACACCGUGCUAUUCUACGACUGGUCAAGGACAGUAAUGUCGUCUCUAAGCUGCCAAACAAAGCCCUUCACGCUCUGUUUAUCCGUGAGCAAGUAAGCGCCGCCAUGCUUCCGCCUGCGCUUCUGAAACAAUAUCUUGCCGAAGUACCCGACACGAUCGGGACCUUGGAAGCCCUCUUUACCGCUGGUGACCGCCUCGACAGGCGUGACGCUCUACAGGCCCGGGCCCUCGUUCAAGGUGGGGUUUAUAACGCAUACGGUCCUACCGAAACCCAUAUUUGCACCAUUUACGAUGUUACCGGACAGGAGUCUACCCCCGGCGUCAUGGGUGAACUAGUCGUCACCGGAGACGGUCUGGCUCGAGGCUACACCGACCGAGCCUUGAACAAAGAUCGAUUCGUGCAGGUGACCAUCAAUGGCGACUCGGUUCGAGCAUACCGAACCGGAGACCGAGUGCGUUAUCGACCCAUCGACGGCUGUAUUGAAUUCUUCGGCCGCAUGGACCAGCAGAUCAAGAUCAGGGGCCAUCGAAUCGAGCCAGCUGAGGUAGAGAAUGCUCUCCUCCGACAUGAGGCAGUUCGAGACGUGGCUGUUGUGGUCCGGGUACAAGACGGUCAAGAGCCCGAAAUGAUCGCCUUUGUCGAGACUCGCGACGACGAUUGGAUGCGACAAGAGUGGGCCGUUGACGCCGGUACGGAGAAUGCAGCAAGCUUCGAUGAACAAGUUGCUCUACGAGCCGAAAAUGAGCUUCGUACUUUGCUGCAAGGGCUUCUACCGUCGUACAUGGUCCCCGAACGAAUCUUGACUCUUGACCGCCUCCCUAUCAACGCAAACGGCAAGGUCGAUCGGAAGGAGCUUGCACGACAGGCCGAAGCCGUCUGUAAGAGCACACUGGAGGCUACCCGCGUGGCUCCACGGAAUGAUGUGGAGAUUGCGCUCUGCGAUGAGUUUUCCAAUCUGCUUGGCGUCGAGGUUGGCAUUACCGACAACUUUUUCAACCUCGGUGGCCACUCCCUUAUGGCGACUAAACUAGCAGCCCGACUUAGUCGUCGUUUGGAUAUACACAUCUCAGUCAAGGAAGUGUUCGAUCAGCCCAUCAUCGCGGAUCUCGCCGCCAUCAUCCGUCGAGGUUCGGCCCCACAUAGUUCAAUUCCCGUCACAGAAUAUGAUGGACCGGUCGAGCAAUCCUUCGCGCAGGGUCGCCUGUGGUUCCUCGAUCAGCUCAACCUCGGCGCCUCCUGGUAUCUCAUGCCAUUGGCUGCGCGAAUGCGUGGACCAUUGAAUGCGGAUGCUCUUUCAACUGCCGUGUUUGCGCUGGAGCAGCGACAUGAGACUCUGCGAACGACGUUCGUAGAGCAAGACGGUGUAGGCCGACAGGUUGUUCACCCAAGCGAGCAGAAGCCUCUAAGAGUUAUUGAUAUACCAACCGCGGAUGACGGAAGUUCAAAUUACCUUGAGGUUUUGAGACAGGAACAGACGACUCCCUUCAACCUCUCCACCGAACCCGGCUGGAGGGUAUCACUGCUACGACUAGGACAGGAAGAUCACAUCCUGUCGAUCGUCAUGCAUCACAUCAUUUCUGACGGAUGGUCAAUUGACGUGUUGCGCCAGGAGCUAGACAAGUUUUACACUACCGCUACCCGCGGGCAGGAUCCCCUGUCGCGCGUGUCCCCGCUCCCUAUCCAAUACCGUCACUUUGCCCGAUGGCAGAAGCAGCCCGACCAGAUCGCCGAGCACCAACGGCAGCUCGAUUAUUGGACAGGAAAGCUGGCAGACAGCUCUCCAGCAGAAAUCCCAAGUGAUCGACCAAGGCCAUCAAUCCUGUCCGGCCGUGCUGGUGUUACCCAUCUCGCCAUCGAGGGUACCAUCUACGAUCGCCUCCAGGAAUUCUGCCGCACCUAUCAAACCACUUCCUUCUCUGCCCUACUGGCAGCAUUCCGCGCAACACACUACCGCCUUACCGGGGUCGAAGACGCUACUAUCGGUACGCCGAUCGCCAAUCGAAACCGGCCGGAGCUGGAGCACAUGGUCGGCUUCUUUGUCAACACCCAGUGUAUGCGCAUCAGUGUGGAGCCAGAUGACACCUUCGAUACCCUUGUUAAGCAGGUCCGGACCACUACAACGGCUGCCUUCGCCCAUCAAGAUGUUCCCUUUGAGCGUGUCGUGUCAGCGCUGAUCCCAGGAUCGAGAGAUACGUCGCGGAAUCCACUUGUCCAACUCAUGUUUGCGCUACACUCGCAGCAGGAUCUGGGCAGGAUACAAUUACAAGGCCUCGUUGGCGAGCCUGUGCUGGGGACCGUAUCGACUCGCUUCGAUAUCGAAUUCCAUCUGUUCCAAGAGCCAGAUAGGUUGAUCGGCAGCAUUCUGUACGCAGAAGACCUCUUCCAUGCGUCUACUAUCGACACCAUGGUGAAUGUCUUCCAGGAGAUCCUUCACCAGUGUGUUUACACACCUGAAAUACCUAUUUCGGCCCUCCCACUUACAAACGGUAUCGAUGGACUUCGCACAAUGGGCCUGGUAGACAUCCAAGAGACUAGCUACCCUCGAGAUUCGAGCGUGGUAGACGUCUUCCGUGCCCAGGCGACCAUUUCUCCAGAUGCAACAGCUGUCGUUGACGCCUCCGGCCGCCUGACGUAUGCCGAGCUGGAUCAAAAAUCGGACAACGUCGCUAGCUGGCUUCGCAAGCUGGUGGCUCUCUUUGGUGUUCUCAAAGCGAAUCUUGCCUACCUUCCACUCGACGUCAAUGUUCCUACUGCUCGCGUCGAAGCUAUCCUCUCUGCUAUCAAGAAGCAUACGCUGAUCCUACUUGGCACCGAAACACCAGCUCCAGACAUCCAGGUGCCUGAGAUGGAGCUGGUCCGCAUCGGCGACAUGAUUGCCCACGACGCUUCAUAUGACGGUAAGAGUGCCGACAUGCAGCCAUCAGCGACGAGCCUCGCAUAUGUCAUCUUCACGUCCGGAUCAACAGGAAAGCCCAAGGGCGUGAUGGUUGAGCAUCGUGCUAUUCUAAGGCUGGCAGCCUUCUUUUCUACAGCACUUCUCAAGCAGCAGUUGAGCGAGACCCCCGGCGCCAUCGCUGGCCUGGAUGUAUUGUUCGCUGGUGGUGAGAGAAUGCGACCAGAAGAUGCCUUCCAAGCGAGAGAACUAGUUCGAGGCUCAUUCUGCCAUGUAUACGGCCCAACGGAAAACACGACAUUCAGCACAAUGUACCGGAUGAGCGAAGAGGAACAGUGUAUCAAUGGUGUUCCGAUCGGUCGAGCAGUCACCAAUUCUGGGGCCUAUAUCAUGGACCCGAACCAGCAGCUCGUCCCGCCCGGUGUCAUGGGUGAACUUGUCGUCACCGGAGAUGGCCUGGCUCGAGGCUAUACCGAUUCAGCAUUGGAUACGGAUCGAUUCGUACAGGUGACCAUCAAUGACGAAUCUGUUCGAGCGUACCGAACAGGUGACCGAGCGAGAAUUCGGCCGAUCGACGGCUACAUCGAGUUCUUCGGACGGAUGGACCAGCAGAUCAAGAUCAGAGGUCAUCGAAUCGAGCCGGCAGAGGUAGAACAUGCAAUCCUUAGGCAUGAAGUAGUCCGAGAUGCAGUUGUCAUCGUCCGCGUACAAGACGGCCAGGAACCGGAAAUGGUCAGCUUUGUCACGGUCCAAAGACAGCUGGAGGCCAACACUGCCGACGAACAGCACGAGAUCACUAAUCAGGUCGAGGGCUGGGCGGCACAUUUCGACACGAAUACAUACGCUGAGAUCGAUACUAUCGACCAAUCCGCUGUAGGAAACGAUUUCAUGGGCUGGACAUCCAUGUACGACGGCAAGCCUAUCGACAAAGCCGAGAUGCAAGAAUGGCUCGACGACACGAUGCAGACCCUCUUAGAUGGCCGCGCAACGGGCCAUGUCUUCGAGAUCGGAACUGGCACAGGAAUGAUCCUGUUCAAUCUUCCUGAGUCGACUGGCUUUGAGAGCUAUAUAGGACUCGAACCUUCGCAAUCAGCAACGGCCUUUACUACAGCCAAGGUUAACUCAAUCGCAGGUCUGGCUGGCAGAGCUACAAUCCAAGUCGGCACAGCCACCGAUAUACACCAGGUAGAGGGACUACGUCCCGACCUAGUCGUUAUCAACUCUGUGGCCCAAUACUUCCCGACACCAGAAUACUUGGUCGAGGUCGUUGACACGCUUACACAGCUGCCAGGCGUCAAGCGCAUCUUCUUUGGUGACAUGAGGUCCUACGCCACCAACAGACACUUCCUCGCGGCGAGGGCCGUUCAUACGCUCGGCAAGGAUGCCAGCAAAGAAAGUAUCCGAAAGAAGAUGGCAGAGCUGGAAGAUCGCGAAGAAGAGCUACUCGUCGACCCGGCAUUCUUCACCAGCCUAGCUAACCGGAUACCGAGUGUCAAGCAUGUCGAGAUUCUUCCAAAGAGAAUGAAGGCCACGAACGAACUCAGCUCGUACCGGUAUACUGCUGUGGUCUAUGUGGGUCAAGAGGAAGACGUGCAGCCCAUCUACACGAUCGACAAUAAUUCCUGGAUUGACUUCACAGCGACUGGUAUGGAUCGCGCUGGUCUUCUACGCCUCCUACAGAGCUCGCCAGAUGCCAUGACAGUGGCUAUCGGCAAUAUCCCUUACAGCAAAACGAUCGUCGAGCGGCAUAUUGUGGAGUCGCUUGAUCAGGACGACAUGAACGAUGACAAGCAGGGAUCGCUAGAUGGUUCUGCUUGGCUCUCAUCGGUCCGCUCCACGGCUAGUCAGUGUGCGUCCUUGUGCGCCUCUGACCUUGUGGAACUGGCCAAAGAGGCAGGCUUCGCUGUCCAGAUGAGCUGGGCGCGCCAGCGGUCCCAACAUGGCGCUGUCGAUGCCGUGUUCCAUCAUUAUUCUCCUGUCAACGACUCUCCUACCAGCGACGAAACGCGUGUUCUUUUACAAUUCCCGACCGAAGAUGGUAGCCUAUUGGUACCCCGUACCAAUCGCCCGCUACAGCGCCUACAAAGCCGUCAUGUCGAGUCGCAGAUCCGCGAGCGACUCCAGGCAAUACUCCCAUCCUACAUGGUGCCUGGGCAAAUUGUGGUGCUCGACCAGAUGCCUCUCAACGCCAAUGGUAAGGUCGACAGGAAAGCUCUAAGCCGCAAGGCCCAAGUCGUCCGCAAGGUGACACCAGAUGCUCUCCGCGUACCUCCGCGCAAUGAAAUCGAGGCUGCGCUCUGUGAAGAAUUCUCGAAUCUUCUUGGGGUGGAUGUCGGCAUCACUGACAAUUUCUUCAACCUUGGCGGUCACUCUCUCAUGGCCACCAAGCUCGCGGCCAGGAUCAGCAAGCGCCUGGACACCCAUAUCUCAGUCAAAGAUGUGUUCGACCAUCCUGUGAUUGAGGACCUUGCCGCCACCAUCAACCAAGGAUCGACCCCACAUAACCCUAUCCCUGUCACUCAGUAUGACGGGCCUGUGGAGCAAUCCUUCGCCCAGGGUCGUCUAUGGUUCCUUGACCAGCUUAACCUUGGUGCCUCUUGGUAUCUCAUGCCGCUUGUUGCGCGAAUGCGCGGCCCGCUACAAGUCGAUGCUCUUUCUACCGCCAUUUUCGCUCUCGAGCAGCGGCACGAGACCUUGAGGACGACCUUCCUCGAGAAAGAUGGCGAGGAUGCCCAGGCCGCCGAACACCAGAGACAGCUCGACUACUGGAUCAAGCAGCUGGCUGAUAGCUCUCCCGCUGAAAUUCUGAGCGAUCGGGUACGACCAGGAAUACUUUCUGGACGUGCUGGUAUCAGCCAAGUGUCUAUCGAAGGUGCCUUGUACAGCCGCCUUCAGGAGUUCUGUCGCACACAGCAGGCCACUCCUUUCGCCGCCUUGCUCGCCAUCUUCCGUGCGACACAUUAUCGUCUUACUGGUGUUGAGGAUGCUACUAUCGGCACGCCAAUUGCCAACCGAAACCGGCCAGAGCUAGAAAAUAUGAUUGGCUUCUUUGUCAAUACCCAGUGCAUGCGCAUCACUGUGGAACCGGAUGAUACAUUCGAAGGCCUGGUGAGACAGGUCCAGUCAGUCACAACUGAUGCCUUUGCAAAUCAAGAUGUCCCAUUCGAACGCAUCGUAUCCUCGCUUAUGCGCAAGUCAAGAGACACAUCUCGAAACCCACUGGUACAGAUCAUGUUUGCCCUCCACUCGCAGCAAGAUCUAGGAAAGAUCCAGCUAGAAGGCCUCACCGGCGAACCGGUGCUAGGAACGGCAUCGACACGCUUCGAUCUUGAAUUCCAUCUAUACCAAGAGUCAGACAGAUUGAUCGGCACUAUCAUGUACGCAGAAGACCUAUUCGAGCCCUCCACCAUGAAAGCUAUGGGCACGAUCUUCCAAGAGGUCCUCCGCCGCUGCCUCGACGCGCCGCAAGCACCGACAUCUUCUCUUCCACUUACGGACGGUGUCGAUGACCUUCGAAUAAUGGACUUGGUACAUGUUGACACGACCGAAUACCCUCGAGAUUCAAGCGUCGUAGAUGUCUUCCGCGCUCAGGUGGCUGCUUGCCCAGGAUCCACUGCCGUCAUUCACGGUUCCACCCGCCUCACUUAUGCCGAACUGGAUCAAAAGUCGGACGAGGUGGCUAGUUGGCUUCGAAGCCGGCAACAACCAGCUGAGGCUCUUGUUGCAGUCCUUGCGCCACGCUCGUGCGAGGCCGUGGUUGCCUUCUUUGGCAUUCUCAAGGCGAACCUUGCCUACCUUCCACUCGACGUCAACGUUCCAACCGCUCGCAUCGAAGCUAUUCUAUCCACCAUUGCACAGGAUACACUGAUCUUGCUUGGCGAUGGAGUACCGGUUCCCGAAAUGCAACUCACCAACAUAGAACUGGUUCGCAUCAGCGACACAAUCGGCCACGACAGUUCAGAUGUCGGUACCGAUGUGGGACCGUCCGCGACGAGCCUUGCAUAUGUCAUCUUUACAUCUGGCUCGACAGGAAAGCCCAAGGGCGUCAUGGUGGAACAUCGUGCUAUCCUACGACUAGUCAAGGACAGCAAUGUGGUGUCGAAACUGCCAAAGGCUGUGCGAAUGGCACACCUGACAAAUCUUGCCUUUGACGUCGCUGUGUGGGAGAUAUACGCAACGAUCCUCAACGGUGGAACCCUUAUCUGUGUUGAUUACUUCACUUCCUUGGAUAGCCAGGCGUUAGAGUCACUCUUCCGACAGGAAAAGGUCCGCGGGGCCAUCCUGCCACCUGCGCUUCUCAAGCAGUGCUUGGUCAACAUCCCUUCCACAAUCCAAGCCUUGGACGUCCUCUUUGUCGCCGGCGACCGCUUUGACUCUCGCGAUGCGAUCCUGGCACAAUCCCUUGUUGGCGCCGGUGUCUUCAACGCCUAUGGUCCAACCGAGAACGGUGUCUUGAGUACGAUCUAUAAUCUGCCUACCAGUGACCAUUCAUUUGUCAAUGGCGUGCCGAUUGGCCAGGCUGUCAGCAACUCUGGAGCCUACAUUAUGGACCUGAACCAACGACUAGUCCCGCCUGGCGUGAUGGGUGAGCUAGUGGUGACAGGAGAUGGCCUGGCUCGAGGUUACACAGAUCCUACCUUGAACAAGCAACGAUUCGUACAGGUGGUCAUCAAUGGCAAGUCGGUCCGAGCAUACCGAACCGGUGACCGAGUACGCCAUCGACCCACCGACGGCUACAUAGAGUUCUUCGGCCGGAUGGACCAGCAAAUCAAGAUUAGGGGCCACCGGAUCGAACCGGCAGAGGUAGAGCAUGCUAUCCUCAGGCAAGAGGCUGUUCAGGAUGCAGCUGUCAUUGUCCGGUCACAAGAGGGCCAGGAACCAGAGAUGGUGAGCUUUAUUAUCGCCCGUGACCAAGAUGGCACAGAUGAGGAGCAUGAGGCCACCAACCAGGUAGAAGGCUGGGCAACCCAUUUCGACACCAACACAUACGCCGAAAUCGACACUAUCGACCGCUCCACCGUCGGUAACGACUUCAUGGGUUGGACCUCCAUGUACGACGGCAAGCCUAUAGACAAAGUGGAGAUGCAGGAAUGGCUCGACGAGACGAUGCAGACGCUGCUAGAUGGCCGCGCACCGGGCCACGUCUUUGAAAUAGGAACCGGUACUGGUAUGAUCAUGUUCAACCUGAGCAAGUAUGCUGGUCUCGAUAGCUAUAUCGGACUCGAACCUUCACCGGCAGCCACUCUCUUCGCUACGAACAUGGCAGAAUCAAUCCCAGCUCUAGCCGGCAAGGCGAGAGUACUGGUCGGCACAGCUACAGACAUCGACAAGGUAGAGGGGCUCUAUCCAGAACUGGUAGUCAUCAACUCCGUGGCCCAGUACUUCCCUACACCGGAAUAUUUGAUGGAGGUGGUUGACACCCUCACAUGUCUACCAGGCGUUAAACGCCUAUUCUUCGGUGAUAUCCGGUCCUUCGCCACCAACAGGCACUUCCUCGCGGCCAGGGCUCUUCACACACUUGGUAAUGACGUUACUAAGGAAGGUGUCCGCAAGAAGAUCGCAGAACUAGAAGAUCGUGAGGAAGAGCUGCUUGUCGACCCGGCCUUUUUCACUAGCCUGGCUAGGCGGUUCCCCACUCGAAUCAAGCAUGUGGAGGUUCUUCCGAAGAGGAUGAGAGCCACGAACGAGCUUAGCUCGUACCGUUACGCCGCUGUCGUCUACCUGCGCACGGCAGAGGAAGACAUGUCGGAACCCACUAUCCACACGGUGGAUAACGACUCCUGGGUUAACUUUACAACGACUGGCAUGGACCGUCGCAGCCUUCUUGACCUUCUACAGCGCGCACCAAAUGGAGCCGCGGUAGCCGUGGCUAAUAUCCCUUAUAGCAAGUCGAUCCUAGAGCGGCACAUCGUGGAGUCGCUUGACCACGACGAUGGUAACGACAACGGACAAGAUGGGCUAGCUUGGCUCUCGUCCAUCCGCUCAAAAGCUAAUCGGCUUCGCCGUGCAGAUGAGCUGGGCGCGGCAAAAUCCCAACAUGGUGCUGUGGAUGCUAUCUUCCACCACCACCGUGCCGCACCUACAGGAUCCCGUGUUCUAUUGCAAUUCCCGACAGAGGAUGAGAGGACAUCAACGCCCCGCAUCAAUCGACCUUUGCGGCGUCUACAGAGCCGCCGCGUUGAGACGCAGGUUCGAGAGCAGCUACAGGCAUUACUUCCAUCGUAUAUGAUCCCGACACAAUUCGUGGUGCUUGACCAGAUGCCUCUCAACGCCAAUGGCAAGGUCGAUAGGAAAGAGCUGACGCGCAAGGCUCAAGUCAUCCACAAGAUUACACCGGAGUCUACACGCGUAGCUCCGCGGAACGACAUUGAGAUUGCACUCUGUGAAGAGUUCUCUGACCUACUUGGUGUCGAUGUCGGCAUUACUGACAACUUCUUUGACCUUGGUGGCCACUCACUUAUGGCCACUAAACUGGCUGCCCGGCUCAGUCGCCGCCUGGACACCCGCAUCUCAGUCAAAGACGUGUUUGACCAACCCAUCGUGCAGGACCUCGCUGCCACCAUCCGCCAAGGAUCGACGCCACACGAUCCCAUUCCUAUCACCCAGUAUACAGGACCCAUUGAGCAGUCCUUUGCUCAGGGUCGACUAUGGUUCCUUGACCAGCUCAACGUUAGCAGCUCUUGGUAUCUUAUGCCGCUUGUUUCAAGGAUGCGCGGCCCGCUACAGGUCGAUGCCCUUUCUGCUGCUGUGAUUGCUCUUGAGCAGCGGCACGAAACCCUGAGGACGACGUUCCUAGAGAAAGAUGGCGUAGGCCUACAGGUGGUGCAUCCCAGCAGUCCCAAACCCUUGAGGAUCAUUGACCUUUCAGACAAGGGUGAUCGAAGCUAUAUCGAGCCUCUGAAACAAGAACAGACAAUGCCCUUUGAUCUGUCAUGUGAAUCAGGGUGGAGAGUCUCCGUGUUCCGCGUUGGCGAGGAUGACCACAUCAUUUCUAUCGUCAUGCAUCACAUCAUAUCUGAUGGCUGGUCGAUCGAUAUCUUACGCCAGGAACUAGACCGUUUCUACUCUGCAGCACUGCGAGGUCACGACCCACUGUCACAGGCCAACCCGCUACCUAUCCAAUACCGUGACUUCGCGGUAUGGCAAAAGCAAGAAGCGCAGGCAGCCGAACAUCAAAGACAGCUCGAGUACUGGACCACGCAGCUAGCCGACAGCUGUCCAGCGGAAUUCCUCGCCGACCGACCUCGCCCUGAUGUACCAUCUGGCCGGGCCGGCCUCGUGCAACUUGCCAUAGACAGCUCGGUGUAUGAUCGCCUUCAAGAGUUCUGUCGCAUUCAUCAAACUACCUCCUUCGCUGCGUUGCUCGCAGUCUUCCGCGCCACACACUAUAGGCUCACCGGUGUCGAGGAUGCCACCAUUGGCACGCCGAUCGCCAAUCGCAACCGGCCAGAGCUAGAACAUAUGGUGGGCUUCUUUGUCAACACCCAGUGUAUGCGCAUCGCCGUAGACCGCGACGAAACAUUUGAAAGCCUUGUUAGAGAGGUCCGGUCCACAACCACAACCGCGUUCGCACACCAAGAUGUCCCAUUCGAACGUAUCGUCUCAGCCCUCAUCCCCGGCUCGAGAGAUACGUCUCGAAACCCACUUGUGCAGCUCAUGUUUGCCCUUCACUCACAGCAAGAUCUAGGAAAGAUCCAAUUGGAGGGGCUUAUUGGAGAACCCAUAGCAGGUUCAGUGUCCACGCGGUUCGACCUUGAAUUCCACGUGUACCAAGAAGCAGGAAGAAUGGUUGGAAGCAUCUUGUACUCACAAGACCUUUUCGAAGCCUCCACCAUCCAAGCUAUGGGCAACAUCUUCCAAGAGGUCCUCCGCAGGUGCCUCGACGCGCCUCAGACACCUAUCUCAUGUCUUCUGCUAACUGAUGGCGUUGGCGAACUUCGCAAGAUGGGCUUGUUAGACAUCCACAAGCCCGACUACCCUCGGGAUUCAAGCGUCGUGGAUGUUUUCCGUGCCCAGGUGGCUGCUUGCCCAGAAUCAAUAGCCGUUGUCGACGCUUCGUCCCGCCUUACAUAUGCUGAGCUAGAUCAGAAGUCAGACGAGGUGGCUAGCUGGCUUCGGAGGCGUCACAUGCCAGCCGAGACGCUCGUUGGCGUGCUUGCGCCGCGAUCAUGCGAAACGCUGGUGGCAUUCUUCGGCAUUCUCAAAGCCAACCUUGCCUAUCUUCCGCUUGACGUCAACGUCCCGACUGCUCGUAUCGAGGCCAUCAUUUCCAGUCUUGGAAAGGAUACGCUAAUCUUGCUUGGUGGUUCAGUAGUGAUUCCGGACCUGCAAGCCGAACUGGUCCGGAUCGGCGACACCAUGGGCCACCGCGAUUCAUCCGAGGAUACGAGUGGCAAUGUCGAGCCAUCCGCAACAAGUCUCGCAUAUGUCAUCUUUACAUCCGGCUCGACAGGCAAGCCAAAGGGCGUCAUGAUCGAGCAUCGCAACAUCGUUCGAUUGGUCAAGCAAAGCAAUGUGGUCGCCAAGAUACCAAAGGCCGCACCUGUAGCCCAUCUUUCUAAUGUCGCCUUCGACGCUGCGACAUGGGAAAUCUAUGUGCCGCUCCUGAACGGUGGUACGGCGGUCUGCAUCGACUACUUUACCUCGCUUGACAGCAAGGCUUUGGAGGCGGUGAUUCUAAAGGAAAACAUCCGCGCAGCUAUGCUUCCACCUGCGCUGCUCAAGCAGUGCUUGGCCAACAACCCUUCCACAGUCCAAGCCUUGGACGUCCUCUUUGUUGCCGGUGACCGCUUCGACUCUCGAGACGCGGUCCAUGCCAGAGGCCUUGUUGGCGACGGCGGCGGCGUGUACAAUGCCUACGGUCCAACCGAGAACGCUGUGUUGAGUACCAUCUAUAAUCUCCGCGAGCAGGACGAUUCAUUUGUCAAUGGUGUACCAAUCGGCGAGGCCGUCAGCAGCUCUGGCGCCUACAUCAUGGAUCCUAACCAACGACUCGUGCCCCUGGUGUCAUGGGUGAUCACCAUCAACGGCGAGUCUGUCCGAGCAUACCGAACGGGCGAUCGAGUCCGCCACCGACCAGGGGAUGGCUUCAUCGAAUUCUUUGGCCGCAUGGACCAACAGAUCAAGAUCAGGGGCCACCGAAUUGAGCCAGCUGAGGUGGAACAUGCCAUACUGACGAGCAACGAAGUCCGGGAUGCCGCUAUCAUCGUCCGGAUCCACGACAGUGAGGAGCCGGAAAUGGUUGGUUUUGUCGCAGUCCAAAUGGAAAACCACACUGCCGACCAACACCAGGAGGUCACCAGCCAGGUUGAGGGCUGGGCAACACAUUUCGAUACCAGCACAUAUGCCGACAUCAGCACCAUCGAUCAAUCUUCCGUUGGCAAUGACUUCAUGGGCUGGACGUCUAUGUAUGACGGCCAGCUCAUCGAUAAGGUGGAGAUGCAAGAAUGGCUCGACGACACGAUGCAGACAAUCCUGGAUGGCCGCGCAGCUGGCCAUGUAUUCGAGAUAGGAACCGGUACCGGAAUGAUCAUGUUCAACCUUUCUACCGGUCUUGAGAGCUAUAUUGGCCUGGAACCUUCGCAGGCAGCAGCCACCUUCGCUACCAACAAGGCCAUGGCCAUCCCAGCCCUCGCAGGCAAAGCUACGGUCCAAGUCGGCACAGCUACAGAUAUACACCAGGUGGAGGGACUUCGUCCUGACCUCGUCGUCAUCAACUCUGUAGCCCAAUACUUCCCUACACCGGAGUACCUGGUAGAGGUCGUUGACACACUUACACAGCUACCAGGCGUGAAGCGCCUGUUCUUCGGUGACAUGAGGUCCUACGCUACCAACAGGCACUUCUUGGCAGCUAGGGCUGUUCACACACUUGGCAAAGAUGUCAGCAAGGACAGCGUGCGACAGAAGAUAGCUGAGCUGGAAGAGCGCGAAGAAGAACUCCUAGUGGACCCGAUAUUUUUCACUAGCCUCGCAACCCGGCUACCAGGCCGAGUCAAGCAUGUCGAAAUUCUUCCCAAGAGAAUGAGAGCGACAAACGAGCUUAGCUCGUACCGAUAUGCAGCCGUCGUCUACCUUCGCACGCCAGAGGAAGAUAUCCAGCCUGUCCAUGCGAUCGACAAGAAUUCCUGGACCGACUUUACAGCGGCUGGCAUGGAUCGCGCUGGUCUUGUACAGCUCUUGCAGAGCUCGCCAGACGCCAUGGCCGUCGCUAUCAGCAACAUCCCAUACAGCAAGUCUAUCUUCGAGCGACACAUCGUUGAGUCGCUCGACCAGGAUGACCUCCACGACAACGGCCAGGCACCACUAGAUGGCACAGCUUGGGUUUCAUCAGUCCGCUCAAAGGCUACCCAGUGUGCAUCUCUCUGCGCCGCUGACCUCGUCGAGCUAGCCGAAGUGGCUGGCUUUAGCGUAGAGAUGAGCUGGGCUCGUCAACGCUCCCAGCGCGGCGCUGUCGACGUCGUCUUCCAUCACUAUCCGUCUACGCAAGGAUCGCGUGUCUUACUCCAAUUCCCCACCGACAGUGAGAGGACAGCGGUAGCCUACACAAACCGGCCGCUACAGCGCCUACAGAGCCGCCGCGCUGAGACGCAGAUUCGUGAGCGACUACAGACAUUACUCCCGUCCUACAUGGUACCCACGCAGAUCGUGGUACUGGAUCAGAUGCCUCUCAACGCCAACGGUAAAGUCGACCGGAAAGAACUCACACGCAAGGCAAAGGCCAUCCGGAAGAGCACCUCGGAUUCCGCACGUGUGGCUCCAGAAAACGAUGUCGAGGCAGCUCUAUGUGAAGAGUUCUCCGACCUACUUGGUGUCGACGUCGGCAUCACUGACAACUUCUUCGACCUUGGUGGCCACUCACUGAUGGCCACUAAGCUGGCAGCUCGCCUUAGCCGUCGACUUGAUACACACAUCUCGGUCAAAGAUGUGUUUGACCAUCCUGUGAUCAAGGAUCUUGCCGCCACCAUCCGCCAAGGAUCAACCCCACACAACCCCAUUCCUGUUACCGAGUACGAGGGACCUGUCGAGCAGUCCUUCGCCCAGGGCCGUCUAUGGUUCCUUGACCAGCUCAACCUUGGCGCGUCUUGGUAUCUCAUGCCGCUUGUCGCACGAAUGCGCGGCAAGCUACAUGUGGAUGCGCUUUCUGCCGCCAUUUCUGCUCUCGAGCAGCGACAUGAGACCUUGAGGACCACCUUCUUGGACAAGGAGGGCGUAGGCCUACAGGUCGUGCAUCCCAGCGACCCGAAGCCUCUCAGAGUGAUCGAUCUAUCCACUGAAGAGGAGGGAAGCUACAUCGAGCCUUUGAAACAAGAACAGACGACGCCCUUUGAUCUAUCUUCUGAACCAGGGUGGAGAGUUUGCUUACUCCGCCUUUCCGACGACGAGCACAUCCUCUCUAUUGUCAUGCACCACAUCAUUUCCGAUGGUUGGUCGAUCGACGUCCUACGUCAGGAACUGGAUCAAUUCUACUCUGCCGCCCUCCGCGGCCAUGACCCGCUGUCACAAGUCAGCCCACUGCCCGUUCAAUACCGCGACUUCUCGGUAUGGCAAAAACAAGACGCGCAGGUGGCCGAACACCAGAGGCAGCUCGAGUACUGGACGAAGAAGCUAGCCGACAGUUCUCCGGCCGAAUUCCUAGCCGACCGACCACGCCCUGCAGCACCCUCUAACAAAGCUGCCGUCGUCCAACUCUCAGUCGAGGGUCCAGUCUACGAAAAUCUCCAAUCAUUCUGCCGGGCUCGCGAGAUAACAUCGUUCGCUGUACUUCUCGCAGUAUUCCGCGCGGCGCACUACCGUCUUACGGGGUCGGAAGAUGCCACUAUCGGCACCCCGAUCGCCAAUCGCAACCGACCGGAGCUUGAGCAUAUGAUUGGCUUCUUUGUCAACACCCAGUGCCUGCGCAUUCCCCUCCACGACACCGAAACCUUUGAAGAGCUGGUACAGGAGUGUAAGACUACCGCAACCGCCAUGUUCGAGAAUCAAGAUGUUCCUUUCGAGCGUGUCGUAUCAGCGCUCCUACCCGGGUCCAGGGACACGUCACGGAACCCGCUGGUGCAAGUACUCUUCGCUGUCCAUUCUCAGCAGGACCUGGGCAAGAUCAAGCUGGAGGGCUUGGUACACGAGCCCGUCGCGGCACCUGUGACGACCAGAUUCGACAUAGAGUUCCAUCUAUUCCAAGAGUCAGAGAGACUGAGCGGUAUGGUCUUCUUCGCGACUGACCUGUUCGAUUCCGAAACCAUCGACGGCCUCGUCGCUGUGUUCCAAGAGAUCCUGCGGCGCGGCCUCGACCAGCCUCUGGCGCCAAUCGCAACCCUGCCUCUGACCGAUGGGUUGCCUGAGCUUCGCAGCAUGGGCCUUCUCAAGGUCGAGAAGUCCAACUACCCCCGAGAUUCGAGCGUCAUUGAUGUCUUCCAAGAGCAUGUAGCGGCUACUCCCAAUGCCACAGCCGUCACAGACUCGUCGACACAGCUCACAUACUCUGAGCUCGACCUUGAAUCCGACAAGGUUGCCACCUGGCUCCGCCGGCGAGGCAUGGCGCCCGAAACCCUCGUCGGAGUCUUGGCACCGCGCUCGUGCCUCACUGUGGCCGCGUUCUUCGGCAUUAUGAAGGCAAACCUGGCAUACCUGCCUCUCGAUAUCAACACUCCUACCGGCCGCAUCGAGACGAUUCUGUCGUCGGUGGCAGGCCACAAGUUGGUAAUUGUAGGGUCUGAUGUUCCCGUUCCAGAUCUUCAAGUACCGGAUGUCGAGUUGGUACGAAUUGACGACAUAAUGAAUGAUCACGGCCAAGACGACUCUUCCGAUUUGGACAUUUCGAAGCCCUCUCCUACAAGCCUUGCCUAUGUCAUCUUCACCUCUGGAUCCACCGGACGACCCAAGGGUGUCAUGGUCGAGCACCGCAGCAUCAUCCGCCUCGUAAGGCACAGCAGCGUUUCCUCCAGACUCCCUGAGGCGCCUCGUGUAGCACACCUUACGAGCAUUUCCUUCGACAACUCGGUGUGGGAAAUGUAUAUUGCCCUUCUGAACGGAGGAGUGUUGGUGUGCAUCGACUAUGUCACCAUCUUGGACAGCAACGCCCUCGAGGAAACCUUUGAGCAACAGCAAGUCCGCGUGGCUAUGAUCCCUCCUGUGCUGAUCAAGGAAUGUCUGGCCAAUGCGCCUACCACGCUUGCACACUUGCACACUCUUCUCGUGGCCGGCGAUCGAUUCGAUAGUCGCGACGCCAUCGCGGCCAAGGAACUCGUCAAGGCUGACCUCUACAAUGCGUACGGCCCCACUGAAAACACAGUAUCAGCCACGAUUUAUCGAGUUCAGGAGAACGAGCUAUUCGUGAAUGGCGUCCCCAUCGGGCGAGCCAUCAACAAUACUGGCGCCUACGUCAUGGACCGACAGCAACAACUUGUACCGAUCGGAGUCAUGGGUGAGCUCGUGGUGACCGGUGACGGUGUGGCCCGAGGUUACACAGACUCGGCACUAGAUACCAACCGAUUCGUGCAAGUAUCCAUCGAUGGCCAACUGGUAAGGGCGUACCGCACCGGCGACCGCGUGCGGCAUAGACCCAAGGAUGGCGAGAUUGAAUUCUUUGGGCGAAUGGACCAGCAGAUCAAGAUUCGCGGCCACCGUAUCGAGCCGGCUGAGGUGGAGCACGCGAUGCUAAGCCACAGCGCGGUCCGCGAUGCGGCCGUUGUGGUCCGAAAGGAAGCCGAUCAGGAACCGGAAAUGGUGGGCUUCGUCGCCGCCGGCGGCGACGCGUCCGCCGAGGAGGGCGAGGCGAGCAGCCAGGUGCAAGGAUGGGGAAAUCACUUCGAAGAGAGCACGUAUGCCAACAUUGAUACCAUUGGCCAGUCCGCCGUCGGCCGCGACUUCAUGGGCUGGACGUCCAUGUACGACGGAAGCGAUAUCGACAAGGCCGAGAUGCAGGAGUGGCUUGACGAUACCAUGCGCACAAUUCUUGACGGCGGCGCGGCCGGGCACGUGUUUGAGAUCGGUACAGGUACGGGUAUGAUCCUCUUCAACCUCGGCGAAGGAAUGCAAAGCUAUGUCGGCCUCGAUCCCUCCCGCUCGGCAGCCGAAUUCGUCAACACCAUGGCGAAGUCAGAUCCUUCUCUGGCCGGUCGGGUCGAAAUGCACGUCGGUACAGCGACCGACUUAAGUCGCCUGGGAGGGCUCCACCCGGACGUGGUCGUGCUGAACUCCGUUGUCCAGUACUUCCCCACGGUAGAAUACUUGAUCGAGGUGGUGGACGCUCUCGCGAGGAUUCCAGGAGUCAACCGCCUCGUCUUUGGCGACUUGCGAUCUUACGCUAUCAACAGAGACUUCCUGGCGGCGAGGGCGCUCCACACACUGGGCAAGGGAGCGACCAAGGAUAGCAUUCGGUUGAAGAUGGCGGAAUUGGAGGACCGUGAGGAGGAGUUGCUUGUUGACCCAGCCUUUUCACCGGCCUGCGCAGCCGACUGCCAGGCCAGAUAUGCAGCCGUCAUUCAUAUUGGCGGCCCUCAGGAGGAGGCGCAGGCCAUACACUCCGUCAACCAGGAGGCUUGGAUCGACUUCAGCGCGUCCCAGAUGGACCGCCAUGACCUUCUCCGCCUUUUGCAAAGCUCACCAGACACCUCUUUGCCUGUGGCCGUCGGCAAUAUCCCCUACAGCAAGACGAUUUUCGAGCGCCAUGUUGUCGAGUCUCUCGAUAACGACAAGGGAAGCGAUGGCUCAGGAGAUGGAGCAGACUGGAUGGCCACCAUCCAAGACAAGGCCGAACGUUGCCCUUCACUAUCUGCGACCGAUCUCGUUCAAGUCGGCGAAGAGGCCGGCUUCAGCGUGGAGGUCAGCUGGGCACGUCAACGAUCCCAUCACGGAGCACUGGAUGCAGUCUUCCACCACUUUAAGCCCACCAAGGAAGGCGCUCGUGUCCUGAUCCAAUUCCCCGGCGAUGAUCAAGCAGGACGAGGGGGCAGCACCCCAACCCAUCUUACCAACCGUCCGCUCCAGGGGAUGCAAAGCCGACGGAUCGAGACGCAAGUCCACGAGCAAUUGCAGACACUCCUUCCACCAUACAUGAUCCCGUCGCGCAUCAUGGUGCUUGACCAGAUGCCCGUCAACGCCAACGGCAAGGUCGACCGACAGGAGCUCGCCCGAAGAGCUCAGACUGUGCCAAGAGCGAAACCUACCACGGCGCGCGUGGCCCCGCGCAAUGAUAUCGAAGCAACCCUGUGCGAGGAAUUUGCCGAUGUCUUGGGUGUCGAGGUCGGCAUUACGGACAACUUUUUCGAUCUCGGCGGACACUCUCUCAUGGCGACCAAGCUCGCAUCGCGAAUCAGUCGCCGGCUGGAUACUCGCGUGUCUGUCAAGGACAUCUUUGCUUACCCGGACGUUGCCGACUUGGCUGAGAAGAUCAGUCAACCACUCAAGGAGUCGGCAGUGGACAAUGUCGACCUCCGGGAGGAAUUCCACAAGUACGACGACAAGCUAUCUCAGUUGUCGAUCCCAGAGUCGCCAGCUCCUUCAACGUAUACCAUUUCGCAAUCCUUCCUGGUGACUGGCGCUUCCGGUUUCCUCGGCAGCAGCAUCGUCAACCAACUCCUCCUGCGACCGGGCGUCUCCAAAGUAAUUUGCUUGGUUCGCGCGGAGAACGACAGCCACGCAAUGCAGAGAAUGAUUCUCGCAGCUCGCAAGGGCCAAUGGUGGAAGCGGGAGUAUCUAUCCCGCCUCGAAGUCUGGAGUGGAGACUUGAGCAGGCCCAGGAUGGGCGUCAGCGACUCACGAUGGGAGCGCAUCGGCGCCGGUCCUGGCAACAAGGACGCUAUCGACGGCAUCAUCCACAACGGAGCUACAGUUCACUUCCAAGCGAGCUACCAACAUAUUUCCGACGCCAACAUUGGUAGCACUAUCGACCUCCUCUCUGCUUGGUCGCUUGCGCCCGCGCCCCUCGAUUCACAUACGCUCCUUCCCAGGAUCAACGGCUAUGCCCAAACCAAAUUCAUUGCGGAGAUGCUUGUCCGGCACCAGGCUGAACGACCAGGCAUGAUCAUUGGUGAUGCAGAACACGGAGUGUGCAAUGUGGACGAUUUCAUUUGGCGUGUGGUUGCCUCCGCUAUUCGCAUCAACGCGUUCAACGUUCAAGAAUUUGACCACCCCAACGCGUGGCUUCUCGUCUCUGGCAGUGAUCAGAUUGCCACGAGAAUCAUUGAUAAUUCCACGCAAGCGUCAAAUGAAACCCUACCGGCCCGAUUCGUCGAUGGUGUUUCGGUCAAGCAGCUGUGGAGUGUUUUGAUUGAAGAGCAUGGCUAUCCACUCGUGCCGAUGUCCGCGGAGGAAUGGCUUCGGCGCUUGAAGGAAGACAUGGAGAAAGAGGGUGCUAGUCACCCUCUUUAUCCAGUAUUCUAUAUUCUGGAGCAGGCGCAUGGUUUCCUUGGAAUUCCCAGACCAACUGACGGAGAGCCCAUCUUCCCUCAGGAGGAUACCACCGCCCGCCUCCGGAAGAGUAUUGAAUAUCUCAAGGGCAUUGGAUUUUUCCAAGCUGCGAACGGACAAAGGGUCAACGGCCCUACUCUUGACAUGACCUUCCGCCGAUCUCAACUUCAGCGAGGCAGGGCACGCCACUCCUAG